UUCAGUCAAGUCUGAAAAAAGGUCUGUAUGUAUGACAAAUUAAUGAAGUAUAUCUUUAAAUUUCAUCCAACACAAACCAAAGUGACAGUAUUUGCUGGUUCCUCUUAUUUUUCUCAAUAUUCCUUUUUAGACUUUUUUGAAGCUCUGCUUUAUCCCAGAGAAGAUCGCAGAGAAGAGAUUUAUAAGGAGGCACAAGGAGCAGGGAAUCAUGCACCUCGAGGGGCAUGUGGUCAAAACUAAAUACCUUCUACUAGUACUCUGCUUUAUGAAAGAUGCACAAGUGAGCUAAUGUGGUUUCCAGAAGAUGUUUAACAGCGAAGAGUGAGAAAGCAAAAUGAGAGAAAUGCAAGGCUGCUGAAGGUUGGCAUUAUCAAAAUCUUAAAACAAAUGCACAUCUCAAUCAUAGAGCUGCGGGGUUCUACCUCAGGCUUGGGUGAUUCUUCUUAAUGGUGCAGCAUGUAGGUGAACAUCAUUACAGUCUUUAGGCAUCACUUUUUGUCCAGGGAGACUAUUGUCAAACUCUGAGCUCUUCCCAGAGUAGACCAGCUCUUUAAUAUCAGAACUACUCCCCCUACCUAUUGCUUUGUGUGAGGAUGGAUUUAAACAGAGCUUCUCUGCAUGUAUCCAGUAACAUACGCAUACAUCCUAGAUGCACAUCAAAUGAUCUUAAGUUCCCUAAACUGCUGGAGAGAUCCAACUUUGUUUUAAGGGUCAGGUAAGUUUUCUUUGUUGAAAGACAAACUGUUUAGUUGGAGGUCUUUUUUUUUGUUUGCUGCUUCACCAGAAUACUCUGUUCAGAGCAUGGGUGAUGAUAGAGAGUAAUAAAAGAGGGCUUGGUAGAUUUCAUUUUUAGAUUUGAACUUCGACCUUUGACCAACAAAGAAUUAAUCUCCAGGGUACCACUUUCUGAGGAGUAUCCCUUUAUGUGAAAAGUUUGAACUCAUCCAUAUAAGUUAAUUAUCCCCCUAUUCAUCUGCUAUAUUAUGCCAACAACAUCUGGGUCACCACUUUGUUAUAGGGGGUGAUAAACCUCCUUCUGCAAUAUGAGAUAGACAGUUUCUUCAGAGCUAGGAAUGGAGAAGAAAAAGCACCAAAACACAAUGGCUGCAAGACUAGUAUGUGUGAUCUGUAGCUUUAAUAAAAGUGUAUAAGGUAAGUUUAUUUUAAAUAGAAAUCCCUUGUUGCCCUAAAAGGACCUUUAAACUGAUUAAUCAUACCACAGACUGUUAGGAAACGAACAAAGGCCAGGAUCCAAAAAUGCAGAGGCAGAUGCCCAAAUUUAUUAAAAAUAAACAAUAGAACAAAGUGAACAACAGAAAAUCGCAGUUUCCAGGAAAAGGCACAGUCAGCUCGGACUGACACUAAAAAACACAAAACCAGAGUUAGAUGGGAAUCACUGCAGCAGGGCAAAUAGCUGGUGAAAAAACAAAGUUCAAAUGAUAGUGCCACGUGGGGCAAGUAACAACUAAGGAGGUAAAAGACAAAGUACAACAGAAAUAGUACACCAAAAAAUCUUCUCAACUAGAGGAAAAUACAUGAACACAAAAUCACCUUUGCUCGAGGGAAAAAUUCUCUGGAAAGUAACAAAAGAACUCACUAACAAACACUGAGAGAUACACGGGCGGGAGCUCAGGGACCUCGGUGUGGCAAGACACGUGUUGCAAGACUGAGAAAUCAUCCGGCACUGAGUCGACAGAGGAGCUGGCAUAUAAAGACAGGUAAUUGACAACAACGAGAAUCAGGUGUGUGAGCCCCGCCUCUCGCCGUGCCUCCAGCACUGCAGAGAGAGAGAGAGAGAGAGAGAGAGAGAGAGAGAGAGAGGGACAACACACAGAGGAGAGGAACACAGGAAACCUAACUGCUGCAUAAACUCAAAACCUCUGUGAAUCGUGUAAAUGAGUGGUAUUUACUCGCUUCAUUCACGCGCCAACGGUAUUACCUGCCAAUUCAAGAGAUAGACAAAGUUUUUUUUUACAAUUUACAAGAUUAUCCGACCUCCUCACUCACUUGCCUCCAGGUGAGCUCCUUUUUAUUCUGGUUUUGGUAAUUGAAAGAAAAGGUAUCAUUUAAUUUGGGGCACUCACACAUCGACAUGAUCAGUUUGUCCUCCAAUUUAAAUACCACUGAACAACCAUCUGUUUUCAUGCAAUGUUCAUGCAACAUCCAUGCUGAUUAGUUACCCAAAACGAAUAUCUGCUCAAGUUGAGACAUUUUCAGCUCCUGCCCAAUUUGCGUUAUUUGCGCCACCAAAGUAGUAGGAGCAUCUAAUCGUGUCUUUGCAUUGACUUAACAUGUAAUUUAUUCGUGUGAAUGAUUUUACUCGUGCUUGGUGUGUGGGGACAAUAAGGCCACAUUUCUGACAAGGAGCCACGGUUGAAACAGAAUAAAAAGUCACUUAAAUGUCUUUUUGUGGAGGUGUUCACCUCACUGUCUGACAUUAGGAAGACCGGUAACAAGUUGGAGACACAACAUUUCCUUAGAAUCACAUGAGAUCCACAACUGCAGUCUGUUCAUUUUUACCAUCACUUCUGAACACCAGGGUCUUCAAAUUGAGAUAUAAUUUAUGUGGGUUCAAGAGACAGUGGCGUAAGAACCUUUAGAAAGACUUCUGCAAAUGUAAAUAGUUUCACAAGACUUGAGAUUUUUAGAAAUGGGAAGUUCCCUUUUUGGUCAGGGACGGUUACUAUAGUAUCUAGUUAUUCUUUUUCUAUUUGACUUGGCACUUCCACAUUUCCUAGCCAGAUUUCUCUAAAUCUUUAGGGUGUGUGUUGCCGUCACUUACUAGACAUGUUGUCUCUUCAUUAGCAUGCUGUGUACUUGAUGCCAUCAUAUUGCCACUACUAGCCAAGAACCUUUUACUUAGAUCAGCAAAAGACAUUUGAUGAGUACUUAAAGGAUAGGAAAUGCAAGAUUUAGAGUUUUAAAACUUAAUCCAUACUGAAAACUUUCUCUGCUUUGGUUUUAAACAGUCUUUUUCUUCCCUGUGUCUCCAGAGUGCAGUGGUGAGAAAGCUACUUUGAAAGCAUAGCUUAACAAGUUAUCAAUUACUCCUCACAAGAAGGAUUUAAAGUACAGCAAAGUCAACCCAGAGAUAACUUGAGUUAAGACAACUUCAAGGAGUUCAGAGGACUUUGUAACAACUGGAGCUACAUAAAGAAUGAAAUUGCUACAAAUACAUUUACUGUAGGCCAACUAUAAAGUAACAGGACUGCAAAAAAUACCAAUAAGUUAAAGGAAGUGCAGAAAUAUCCACUUGUUCUCAAAGUUGUGUAUCUAGUAUUUAACUUGAAUAGAUGGUCCGUUGACUUAUGUUACAGAGAACAUUUAUUUCUGUAUAACUGAGUUCAGAAAUAACAUUUUGACUUUGACAUUUUGUUCAUCAAUUCAACUUCUUCAGAGUGAUCCCAGUUUUCCACUUAACCUGCCUUUUUGCAUGUUACAGUUUUAACCUACAUUUGCAAACGCAGUGAUGAACUAUGUCCACAAACACAGAUUAUUUGAGGUUCAUACAGUGGUUUCCACUACAGAGUUAUGUCGUUUUUUAAAUGCAGUGUUGUCUGAGGGCCAUAAAUGACAGCCAUCUCCUAACAGUUAUGGCUUUGUCUCUUAUACAGUUUCUCUGAAUGUUUUAUUGAUAUUAUCUGGGUUAUAAAAAUCACCAGUCUUGUUUUGUUGUCCUUGUCCCAUUUUUUCAAACAUGUUGCAGGCAUUGAAUUAAAAUGAUCAUGUACUUUCCAUAAAACGUCACAAAAUUUCUAACAUUAACAUUUGAUGUGUUGUCUUUGCACUAUUUUCAGUUAAACAAAGGUUUUAGAUAUAUUUUACGAACCACUGAAAUCUGUUUAUUUUGUGCAGCUUUUUUGGAUUUGUGUUUAAAAAGAAACAGACCUGGUCAGCAGGAUGUUGUAGGAACAAAGGUGGUUUUUGAUCUGGUUAGUUUCAAAGAAUGAUAUAGUUAAAAGAAUGCAAAAUGCAAAUAAAUUUUUAUUGUAUCAAAGUAGUUAAAGAGGAAUUUGAGUUGUACUUCUCUAGAAGAAAAAGACAAUGACUAAAAAUAAGGGUUGGCAAAUUUGGGUUAUUACUUAAAUGCUCUUAAACUAAACUAAUGUACAAUGAAUGAUAUUAUGUUUCGAUUUGUGAUUUUUUACUAUCACAUGCAUGAAGAUCCCGCAUUAAAAAAGCAACUCGUAACUAAGAGAUGGGUGAAAGUUGAUUAGAGCCCGGGAUCUGUCCCAGCGGCUCGUUUUUUGUCUAAAUUCUCGGUCGUUUCUGUGAAAUUUCAUUUAUUUCAUUGGCUGGUGUGACUCGUUGUUCGGUUGUUAUUCGCUCUUCUCGCUGUCUGUCAACCGCCGUUGUUCUCGCGCUGGAGCGUCUUCAACGGUCAGGAUGCUCAUUUGUGAUUGGUCGCCUUGACUGUCAGUCGAGUGUCCCCAGCCGUUGGAUUGGUUCUCCCUGGAGUGGUAUCCUUCUUGGCUGUACCUGUCUUGCUGUGAGAGGCUGAUGGCUCUUCCUGCUCCACAAUCAGUUCCCGCCUCCCCCUUCAGCUCCAAGGAAGGAAGGAGGAACUGUUAGAGCCGCAUGUGUCACUUCCAGUAUGCUGCAAACCUGUGCUGCUAUGUGACUACCUGGGACUAUUUAACUGGUUUUGCGGUUGGUGGGAAGUAAGGUUUGGAAGUUUGGAAUCACAGCUGGUGUUUUGGGGGGUUGUGGGGUACGUUGGGAAGGUGGUGCAAGUGGUUUCGGAAGUGGAGCGUGGCAGCGCAAAGAGAGAGGGGGUUUCUUUCCUGUGUGAUAAAAGAGCUCGCUUCGCUUUCCACGACAGGACUGACGGAGAAUAUGGCGGAGCAUCACCCGGUUUCAGACAACAGGCACAAAUCCUCACUGAACUCCGGAGCGUCGUACUCGGGGAACGGGCGCAGCAGCACGGUGGCGGCGGAGAGAGGCAGCAACGCCGGGGCAGGAGGCGGCGGAGGAGGAGGUCUGUCCGGAGGCCUGUCGCAGCCGGCCGGAUGGCAGUCCUUGCUGUCUUUUACCAUCCUGUUCCUGGCUUGGCUGGCCGGGUUCAGCUCCAGACUCUUCGCUGUCAUCCGUUUCGAGAGCAUCAUUCACGAGUUUGACCCCUGGUGAGUUUGUUUCCCCUCACACUGAGGUGGUCUGACGUGUAUAUCAAGAUAGGCUGAGACACACAAACAGAGAGCUGCACAGUAAGCAAGUUUCUUUACACACAUGUCACCGGGCUGGAUCAUACACUGUCAGUGAAGCUGCCUCACCUGGUGGUUUGUCACAGAGACAUGCAGAGCAGGUAGAUUGGACUAAAGGUUCAGUGCAGCUUAGUAAGACUUGAGGAUUCAGACACUUCCUUUAGACACAUAUCUCAUUUUUUCACGAAUCAAAAUCGGGUUUGUUGGCACAAAAAAGGGAUUUGAAUCUGAUUUUACAUGAAUGCUAGUCCAGAUAAACUGACGAACUUUAAACAAGGGUAAUUCACUCAAAUGUUGUCCAAACUCUACAAAAAAUGUUGAGGCUGUCAUCGCAAAUAUGAAUCAAAAAGUUGUAACAUACACCAACCAGCUUUUACAUUGGUAACACCUGAACAAUCUGACAAAAUGCAACACAACAGCCUUCAAUUGUGCUUUGUAUUUAAUGUGAUAGACAUGGGUCACAUUAAAAAAUGGUCCUUGUAUCCCCUGGCUACUAUACUAAAGCCUCUGUAAGGAAUUUUCUGUCUGUGUUGACUUCGGUGCCCCCCUGUGGACAAAGUUUGCCAAUUUGUGGUGUUAAUUGCCCUAAAAUCUCCUCCUGAAGUAAAAUUAAUCCCUCACCAUGAAUGUUUCAUUUCAUUUCGAAAAUCCUCACAGGAGCUUUAACAAACCAGAGAGGAGCAAAGUAUCAGGAACACCCUUAAAUAUAAUACACUGUUGAAUUGGGUUAAAUUAAAUGGCUCAGGAGCUCAUCAUGUUAUGGCUGGUCAGUUUAUGUUAUUUCAAAAAGAACACAACGACACAUGCAGGGAGCAGAAAAAGUGCUAUGAUAAACAGUGUCAUGGAUCAGGUUGCAGGAUGUAUCAGCGAUAGAUGCUUGCAGUAUUUACAGAUUUUGUGGACUGGCCUUCAAUAUAGUGAUAAAUUAUACAUGUAAAAGGCUGAAUCUGAACAAUGACAAUGACAAGCAAAUGAAAUAUUUAUUCACCGUGCUGUGAUGCAUUGAAGCUUGUGUAUCCACUGCGAUCCAUCCAAAGAGCAAUAUAAUGACAGCCAGUGAGGCAAGAGGAGCAGGAGGAGGAGGGUGUCAGGCUCGAGUAAAUGAGGACAAUGGUGACAGCUUCAUUUGAGGAGGAUUGAACCCGGAAAUGGCGCAGGCACGAGGUGACUGGCUGGAGUUGCUCUGACACAGAUUUCUCCUCUGUUUACCUGCAGAUCACCUCUGCUCUGAUUUGUUGCCUGCAGCAGUACAUGCAGUGAUUACAGGGUCUAGUAUAGUGUGUGUGUCAAUACACAUACUUUAGUGAGCAUGGGUGACUCUGCAGUGAUCACUCUGUUCUUGUCCUUCAUGCUCUUAAAAGCUCUGCUGUUUUGUGCAGUCUGGUGUCUAUAAAACCAAUGUUUGUGGUUAUGGAGUAACUUAAUCCUGACUUCAGCAUGGAAAACUACAUCAUUCACAAACAUAGAAAGUGUAAAAAGUUUGAUUCAACCCAUAUUAACGAUUUUUUUAAAUCAGUCAAGCCUAAUGACCUUUGGCAGCAUAGUUGUAUAUGCUGCUGGUUUACUUGGAUGUGAGUUUCCUCACACUUUGGAGUUACAAGUGAUCCUGUUGAUAUGAUUUUUUUGAUUGUCCCCAUGACCCCAGAUAUCAGCUGAGGUCAGUUAUUUUUAAAUGUUGUUAUUGCCUCCAAUUACCUGACUGAUUAAGUGGUCUAUCUCUGUUUACAAUACCAGUCAAAAAGUAGUUGCUCAAUACUCUAUUUCAGUAUUUUUAUGUGUAUCAGUCAUUGUAAAGCUGUGUUGAACUGCUUUCAAAAGUCUGCUGGCAGGGACUUAAAAAAACAGAGAUUGGUUGAAAUUGCUUUGUGUGUCUUUAUUAGGUGCUAAGGACUUGACAAAGCAUAUUACCAGCAAACCCGUGAAUGAGGAGGUGUAGCUUUAGAGGCUGUAGUGGUGAGUGCCAUGCAGCAGGCAGGAGGUAACAUCAGCUGAGAGCAAACCAAAUCUAGCACCUUCUUGCAAAUUUUUGUGGAGGUGUGAACGUGUUCUCAGCUCUUUAGAAUCUAACCCUGGGAAAGAACCAGAAACUAGAUUUUUCACUUUUGUGGUGUUGUUUAUUUGAUCUCUCUCUCGUUUCCACUUUCUUUAUGUCAGUCGACCACAGCUGCAUGCUCUCUCACUUUCAUUCUUUUUCAGUAGCUUGUGGUUUGAAUUAUAAAUGUGUAGAUGUAUUAAUGAUAGUUAUCAAUGCUUUUCAGUACUAUCAAAUAUAAAACAUUGAGUAUUUCAAUUUUGAAGCGUGGGGUUUUGUCCACUGCACUGCAAGACAAGUAUCCAAAACAUCCAGAUUUUACACUUUCACACAUUCUUCUUCCAGUGAGAGCCUGACACAUAUAGAUAAUAGAGGACCUGUUUUUUAACAGCCAUUGUCGAUAUUGAUCAUGAGUGAGCAGUUUGGCUGGUGGCUGAUGUAUAAAGCAGAUACCACCUUGUUGUUUUUUAAAUAUGAUAACACAAAUAAAUGAGAGACAAUAUUGCUGAACUUAGGGGAAUGUUUUAUUGAAUAAAUAUUUACAAAAAUAUCUGGGGCUCAGUUAAAUGUUGCCAUAAGGGACUUUUUGAUGUCUACCUAGAUAUCUGAAACUAGAAAGAAAGAAAUAUGCAAGGUAGUGAUAAAUAUUGCCAUCAAACUGCAUUAUCCUAUACAUCCUAAUCAUCAUCAUUUAUAUCAAAAACGAGGCUGUCUUAGAUUUGAUAUGCUGCCAAAUGUUCUCUCAUUCAAAAAGAUAAUGAUAGGUCUUGCUAGGGCAGAUGACGUGAUUGUAUCAAAAUGCAAACAAUUUGCCCAAUGGGCUCUAUACACCAAUCCACUACUUCCUGAAUCCAAGGUUGCACCUUCAUUUUCUGUCUUAUAUGAUUGAACAAACUGAUUAAUCCAGGUGUGUCUGAGUAGUCACAGUGAUCAAUCAGUUUGUCCAAUUAUGUGAGACAUGAUAAAAAGAAGCUGCCUUAAGUUCAGGAAGUAGUGGAGCUGUGCACAGGGCCCAUCAAUUGGUCUAUCUCUAAUAGAUAGAGCUGAGAAAUGAAUCUGAUUUUAAUUUCUAUCACCAUAUUGGCCCCCCUUAUGAUCAUUAAAAUAUGAUAAUUGAGAUUGAACAACAUUGUGCUGCCUCCUGAAGAUUAAUAAUAACAAUAGUGUAAUUCGAUGAAAAAAUCAUGAGGAUUACUGUACAACAGUGGGACAAACUAGACAGCUACAAGUAGAGAGAGGAGAACAGGGAGAAGAGUAGGAGGAGACAGCAUAGAAAUAAUUAUGAUUAUGAUUUUUGCCAUAAUUCAGCAGUCCUAGGCAGGGCUGUUGGCUGGCUAGUCGCCACUCGCCAGAUGUUCAGAGAGCCCUAUAUGGGAGAGCACGUAAAACAUAUGAGGACUUUAACACUAAUAUUACUGGGCUAAAUAAGUUCAGUGCAUAUCAUAGCUAUUUUUUAUUACCAUUUUUAUUGUUAAAACCAAAAAGUGUGCAGCUUCACUUAUACUUAUUUGGAUGAGCAAUCUAAUUAGAAAUACUCUCAUGAUGCGCUCAUAUCCACAUCAUCAUGUAAACCUCAUGUAAAACAUCACGAUAGGCUCAGGCUGUUUGUCUCAAAACUAUCCAUGUGAACACAGCAUGCGUACACUACAGGUGGGCUAAAGUUGCUAAUGUAGCUUUUGUAGUUGGUUUGAUCUUUGAGGCCAAGCUCUGCUCUUAACACACAGCAUCAACAUUUAUUCAAAUGCAAUGAUUUCUGGUUAGAAUAUUGGAUUAAUCAGAUUAAAGUUUAUUUUAAAUAAUACCUUGGCCUCUUUUCUAAUUAUAUAUUGCAAUAUGAUCCUGUUAUCUCAAUAAAAAGUACUUAAACAGAUUUAUAUUUAACAACAAAAAAGCAUUUGUUAUUUGGCCGGUAAAAAAUGUAUUUGGCUGGUAGAUUUUUUUCAUUUACUGGUCCCCUUGGUAGUUGAGCCAAAAAGUUAGUCAACAUCCCUGGUCCCAGGUAUAAAUGAAAAAUAAAUCUCAGAACAAGAUAACUCAUCUUAAAAAAAUAAAAGUAUAUAUUCAUAUCGUAAUAUGGGUUUACAUCUGACAGGUCAUUGCUUGUGUCUUAUACUUCUUUACAUGACUCAUACAUCUGUUUUUAUUACUUACCACAGAGACAGUGAGGCUCCUUAGUGUAAAAAGGCCAGCAUGUUGCCCAAUCAGAACGUCUCUCUUUUUCGCUGUAGCUAUGAUGCCAUCAAAUGUUUAGUCUUUCAGUUUAAAACCUUGGCCUCUGCCAGAAAUGUCCAAGCUUUUUAUUUGUACUCUGAGAUGCUGUUGCCUGGUCCAAGCCUGCAUUGCAUCACAGAAAGCAUUUAAUGAUUAUUCAGAGACCAGCAGUGUGGAUUAAACUGCCAGCUUCAUGUCUGUGGGCUGACUAAAAAAAGAGUUCUCCAGAGCUUGGCUGGGCAAGAGUCCUUCAGUUUCUGUGUGCCACUGUCUCAAAGUCUAAUAUGGCAUGACAUGGAGUGAAAUUUAUUCAUACACUGCUUCAUUGUUCUAUCAUUCACCCUUUGCUAUCAGGCUGGCAGCAUUAUGUAAACUAGGUGCUUGGUUGGCAGAGGAGGUGAGUAAAGUGACUCCCUCGUUCUUUGUAACUGUUCAACAGACUGGAGUUUGAACCCGUUUUUUUCAGUCUGUUUGGGACUAACAUAUUUGAAAGAAGUCUGUUUCUUUUUGGAGGUUACACUAAAUAAACUUCAAGGCUGUUAAGUGUGAGGGCAGACAAAGCAACAGUGUUUUACUGCCUUUUCUGAUCACUGUUUGAUGAAAGUUCCCGCUUGUAAAAACCUAUGACAUCACCGCAAGGGUGCUGUCAUUCUGUGGCUAUCUUUUUAGGGAUUGCUAACACUUGUAUUAACCUGCUGCUACCCUGUUUGUUCUCUCUCUUUCUCUCUCCCUCACAUGCUCUCUGAUGUGUCCUUUUGAUGUGGCUAGUUAACCAGCCUUUUCCUUCAGAAGUACUAGAUCGUGCUAUUAGAUCUGACAGCAAAGUGUGUCAGGACUGGUAUUAGGAAGCUGGCCUCUUGAUGGUUAGUUAUGCUCGGAGGUUGGGUUGUGUGUUAAUCAGGCAAGGAACAGUGUCAGAAAACCCCCCCCAAAAAAUAGCACCCGUGGUACUUGCGUCUCUGUCUGAUGCCGUAAAGGUCGCCUGCCAGUGAGCAAGACCUCCCUUAGAGCCAGGUCUGGCAAGGAGACGCCAUCUGAUCCACCUGUCAUCUAAGGCUCAAAGCUCCAGCCCUAUGAAUAAUAGCUGGUGGGGAAAUGGAGUGCAAUUAGUGUCACUUGCUGUCCUGAUCUAUUAUGAAGACUGACACUUUAGAUGUGAACGCAGACAUUGAGACCAUUAUACCAUUCAAACAGAGUGCCGUCCAGUCAAAACAAAACCAGUGUUCUUUUUGUCAGCACUGCCAUCAGUGUGGUGAUAUUAUCUAGAUGUUAAGCUUGAAUCUAUUUUUCGACCUAUUUUUGAUCCUUACCAAUAGGAAAAGUUUAAGUUCUUUGGGUAGUUCCUGGCACGAGAAUUCACAGAGCUGAUGCAUGUUUUGUAAUUCAUCUAACAUGAUGUUAUUCAUCCACACACAGGGGAAAGUUAGAGGGCUGACAGCUGGAGGAGACAGGAGGAUGAGAUGAGAGCGUCAGUGAUUUGUUAUACAACUUCAACUGAUUGUUGUAGUCAUUAAAAAAAAAAGCAAAACCUUUGCUGGUUCCAGCUCUUAAGUACGAGGUUCUUGCUGUUUUUUCUUUGUCAUACAUAAAUGUAAAAGAAAUCUUUUGGCUUUUGAUUGUUUGUUGGAUGAAAGAGGCUUAUUUAAUGUCACCGAGACACAGCCUUCUCUCCUGUUCUCAUCAAAAGUAAUGGUAAUAUACUGAUCUAAAUGGUAAAUGGACUAUGUUUAUAUCUCGUUCUCUAGUCCUCUGACCAGUGCUUUCACCCAUUUACACCACAGUUAAACACUGAUAAAUGAGACUGCUAUGUAUAGAGCCCAUCAGUUUUGGACUAGUCCCAUUCUCACACACUGCAGAUUAAAGACGAAGAGAAACAGUGAGAGGAGCUACAUCACACAAAAAUAAGACAAGUCAAGCAACACCUGAGCCAGAGUUACAAUGAUGCCUUUCUCAACAGUAAUGAAUGCAAGUUGAGAUAUUGAACAACUCUCAACAGCCAAAAAAAAUAUGGAUCCAGCAGGCCAGACUUACGAAGGUGGCAAGUAGGGCUGAGUGAUUUGAGAAAAUAAUCUCACUCCCUUUUUUCUUCCAGUGUUCCUGUUAGUUUUUAAAACUGUGAUUAAAUAUGACUGAAUAUCUGAAUAUCUAACCCUAACCCUCUUGAUAAUCUUUCUCACACACACUUAAACUCACUCUCACUCAAACACACACACACACACACACACACACACCAGACACUAACUCCGCAAUGGAAAAAAUGGAUUCUGGUCUAUUCGUUAAGCUGUGCUGCGGUGACCAUGAGUGAUAAGUAUUGGCUGUAGCACUAUUUCUCAUCUUGAGGUUAUGCUUUUGAACAUUUUCAGUCAGUGAUCUCUGAGUGUUUCUCGGAGUGCUUUUUAAUCCUGCAGCCAUUAUAUAUGGCUUUGUGGUGUUUCAGCGCGAAUGCAGCUUUGCAGUUUUUAGCAAUGGUAUUAAGUAGUUAUGCACGAUACGAAAAAUAUUAACCAAUAUAUUAACCGAAACGGAUAACCGAUAAUUUUCUGCUUCUCAUGGUCGAUACCGAUAACUGAUAAAUUCAUAUUUUUAUAUUUAUUAUAAUCUUCAUAUAAUCUGCAGUUUGUGCAGGGUGCAGCGAUUUAAAACUGAUAUUUUUGUUGCUCUGGCCUAUGGAAUGACAUCAGCUGCAGUGGCUGUAGCUGAGCUUAUGUCUUUUGUCAGCUGUUCACAGGGGUCAAGAAUAGUGAGCAUGUUUUCAAUUAAAAUCCACUGAGAUGGGGUCAGGAAAGCAGGUAAGUCAAAUUCCACUGUAUAUGCUGCCAGGGCUCUCUUCUGCACCAACAAACUUCUCAACAUGUAGAAUGUGCUGUUCCAUCUAGUGGGCACGUCUUGUUGAAGUCUUGCCUCUUUCAUGCCUAGUUGUUUCUGAAGACAGGAAGUGGCGAGUUGGGAAUGUCUGAAGUGUCCUACUAUCUUCCUGCUGAUCAAAACACAGUCUGUGAUGCUUCUUUGGCUCAGUACAGCGUCAUUUACAGCGAGCUGUAACGUGUGCCAUGCAGCCCAAGCUUGCAAGCCCACACUCCUCUAAAGCCUUGGUCAUGUUACGGGCAUUAUCCCUGAGCACAACAUGCACUUGCUCUUUUUUGAUUCUCCACUGUGCGAACAUCGUUUCAAAAGCUUGGCAUAUCAUUUUCGCUGUAUGAGACCCGGGGCACUCCUGUGCAUGUAGCAUUGCUAGGCCUGUCGCGAUAAUCAAUAAAUCGCCUUAUCGCUCGGUAAAUAAAAACGAGGUCGGUCAUUUUGCGAGCCUCGAUAAUUGACGUGCGUUUGUUUUCCUCCUCUCUCGUUACCAAACACGCUGGAUGAGAGAAGAGGUCUCACUCUGCGCAUUUUUCUCGGCACCUGGGGGCUCCAAGUAACCUGGCUCCAAGUGUGCUAAUAACUCACGAAAAUCCAGGUUCUCAACAACAGAAAAAGGCUGGUCGUUGAGCGCUAUGACACUAUCACUUUGUCGUUAAUGGCUUUAGCCUUUUCGCUGUCUCUUGAAAAGCUUUUGCAGUUUUCAAACGCCUGCUGAAUGGGGACAUUGAUCCUCCGUAGUGUUGUCUUAGCUUUAGCACCGCUAGCAGCUUCAGCGCUGUCUAAUAUUCUUUUAAUACCGCUCCGCCACGAUGGCGACUUUUCAGAUGAGCUAUCAGAUUCGUUGUGUUGAAACGUGACGUCUUCUUUCCUCCUCUCAGAAUCCUCGCUGAACAGGUUUUGCAAAUAGCAAUGCUGUUGUCAUCCUCUGCCAAAAAAAAAAACGACCAUGCUGGUGAAGACAUUUUAUUAUCAGUCGGGCAGUGACGGGGACAGGCUUGGGACCUGCAAGUAAGGCGCGAUAGAUGAUGUGACCAGCGCGUCCCGGACGGGUGGCCACUCCGCCUGCAAACAUUACUCAAAAUUUCAUUAAUAUCAGAUCUUUAUAUCGGAAAAAUGCACCUAUCAGAUCGAUAAAAAAUGACGUAAUUUCCCCAAAAAUCGUCCAAUAUUUUAUCAGUCCGAUAAAUAUCGUGCAUCCCUAGUAUUAAGAUGCUGCACCUUACCCGUCGCUGAAUUUUUAAAGCCAAAAAAGUUGCAUGUGACCAAUACGCUCCUCUUUGACAAUAAGGUUUUUGCGGGUUUUGUUAAGCCUGGGGUCCUUUAUAUGACAGUUGUUGCUUCUUCUAGUCAACUGCUUUUCCCCUAACCUUUGGGGGUUUGAAAUCUUUUUGUUGUUGUUUUGUUGUGAUAUUACCACAAAUGCAAUUAUUAUAGUUAUGAUUAUUUUUUCAGACCUUGUAGUGGCCACAAAAAGCUUGACUGAAAAUGCAGGUGCGAGUGACUGUGUCUGAAAAACAGACCGGUCAUCCAUACCGAUAAUCUGCAGAUUACUGAACAUGAAUGAACUUUGAAUAGAGGUACCAUAAAUGCCUGAUAAACAUCAAUGGUUUUAUUUCACUUUUACUAGUUUUAUUCAAAAAAUAAAAAAAUAAAAAUGUGAUUUUAUUUGUAAGGUUUUAAAAACAGUAACCUACCUCUCUCUUUUCAGUAAACAAGAUUUGGUCUACAAAAGUCUUUCUAAAAGCCAGUGUUGAAAAGUGGGGGGUCAUCUCAUAAUCCAGGAUCCUGUAUUUAGGCCUGUAAAUGUCUCUGUAUUUUAGUGUCAUUGACUGGUGCAGCUGAUUAAAAAUGUGGGCAGCUAUAACUCACGAGGUAGCCUUGGUCAUCAUGUGUUUCAAAUACAGGUGGUUUAAUCCUCAGCCUCAUUAGUCUGCAUGUCAAAGAGUCCUCCUGCAAGCUAUCCAACCUGAAACUGCUGCUGUGUGUGUGAGUGUGUGUGUAUGAGUAAGUGAAUGAAUGUGAGUGUGAGUGUGUGUGUAUGAGUAAGUGAAUGAAUGUGUGUGUGAAUAGCAUAAAGCUUGUAGGAUUGUCAGUGGCUGGGAGACUUGAAGUGCCAUCAUAUGUGCAGUCCAUUUAUGGAGCUGAAUUAAAAUGAAAGCGAUGCAUUCAGAGGUUCAGAACUUUUCUGUUACUCCAUCUCUUCUAAAUCUUAUUCAAAACACCUGCAGAAUAGCAAUGAUGCCAUUCAAACAGAACUCCAAGACUGACUGACGUGUGAUUUGCAUGGUUUUUGAAAACUGACUCUGUACCUGCAGAAGUUCGUGCCCAGAGUCUGCCGUUGACAUAGGUAAAGAGGGUUGGAGACUUUUUGAACGCACUUGUAGACCUCACUUGAGCUUGUCAAGUAUUGUUGUCUAUGUUGGAGACUAAUUAGUAGGGAUGCACCAAAAUGAAAAUUGUUGUCUGAAACUGAAAACCGAAAAUGAGGAAACCAAGGCCUAAAACCGAAACGUCAAAAUAAGUUAUAAAUAAGUUAUGACACCCAUUAGUAGUACCAUUGCAUUCAUGGCUAUGACUGUGUACUAACCUCACAAAAAUCAAGACAUUACAAUUGCAUAUACUAAAUUCAUAUUUAUAAAUAAUCUAUAUUAAAUUAAUAUUAAUCAGCUUGUGUGUUUGGUUGUGCUAUCCGCCACAGACACAGUGGGCCUGCUUGGAGGGAUUUUCCUGCUCUGUGCUGUGUUCCUCUCAUAUUCAGAAUGGCGAUCGGGAUGUUUGGGUUUCAGGUGAUAAAUUAAACUUGACUUGAAGAGACUGUUUGCAGAUGCACCUCCUCAUGAAAUUUUAGCAUUACAUGCAAGGCAAGUCGCUAUCCAUGGUUCUGAGAUAAGUUGUAGACAUAAUAGCUUUUAUCCCGACAGGCGCAUGCUGGCUGCGUUUUUCUGCUUGCAUCAUCACAACAUCCUGUUUUGGCCAUGUUGUUUCAGUGAGAAAAGUCUUUUGGCCAAAAAACAAAAAAUGCACUUUUGGGCCACUUUCAGCAGAAAAUUUUCCGGUGGCCAAACUGUCAGUGCAUCCCUUCUGAUCAGUCCGAUAUUAACAUCCAUGUUUGAUGUCUGCUUACUAAACCAAAAAGAGCUUGUGAUCUUUGCAGGGAAAAAGAAUCAAGUGCUGUCACGGUGCAUCCUCUCUGGUGUGAGGUUAUUAUUUCUUUGUCCUCACAUGCGCAAAUGGGAGAUAAUGGGAAAUAGCCCGGUGUUUAUGAGGAUGGAAUUGAUGAUGUGUGCCGUUAUUGCAGCCAUUCUGCAGAAUGUGUUAUCAGUUUUGCCACAUUACAAGGCACUCAGAGAAUGAGAGCAAGAGGUUUUGUGUUCUGUAAUGAACAGGUAAUAGAGCCAGGCUGUGUAAGUGAUGUACGCCUGUCGAAAAGGUCCAGCUUUCUCUCUGUGUCUACUUGAGAGGGAAAAGGUGCAUUUGAAGGUUUUAAGUGAAAAGCGAUGCAGGCUGAGGAGGAGUAAUGAAAAGUGGCUGCUUAAAACAGAAUAAAAGAGCAAUCCUACAUUAAGCCCCGCUGGCUUCAUUAAUUCCUGCUCCGUCUUCAGAUCUCAUUCAUUUCUCACUUGUUUUCAAAUUUAAUGUCUCGUUUUCUGACUGCUGUAGAGGUCAGCUACAAAGUGAGUUUGAUUCCUUUGUUUUCCCUUCUUUGGGUGACGAGAGAAAGCUGUUGUCUUUGCCUCACAAACACUGAGUAAAAAUUGAGUUGAAGUCAGCAGUGCUCUGCAGGGCUUGGUCUGAGUUUUGGCUGAUGAUUGAUCAGAGCAAGUACAGUUGUUGCCAUCUUCUGUUAGAUACCCUCAGCUGUACCCUGUACUCGCUCUUUGGGGUCAUGACAGUUCGUGCCUCUGACUCGCUCUGAGCUGGUCCACCUGUAACCUGAAUCUUUAGUCGCAGCGACUCAAGCCAACAGUGGUGAUUUCACUGUGUUGGAGCAACUUCUCUGGCCUGCUGCUGGUUACUACUAACAGGCAGGAGGAUGAAGAACCAGAAAAGCUGUGUGGCUGACGCACCAUCAGACCUGCGGGGUGACAGUGACCUUGUGCAAAGCGCAGUGAGUGCAGAUAUUUCAUAUACUCCCAAGUUAACACUUUUAGUCCAAUUUCUGGCUAUCGCUGAAGUUAAUUUGAGUUAUAUCUGGACACACAUUGUCCAGAAGUUAAAAAAACUGUACUUUUUAUUGAUUGUGCACAUUGUGUAAGCUGUCAGACCAGCUUGUUUUUUUUUUCACUCUUUCAGCUUAGUGUAAGAUUUGUGCAUCUUAUGUCCAAGUGUUAAAAACCAAGGGGAACAAAAAGCUAAACCUUGCAUUUGUAUUUUAAAAUUGCAGCCAUUAAAAAAGACAUGCAGAUAAAUCAGUCUCUGCCCUGACCUUGUUCUUUAACCUAUACUGUAGAGCGUAAUGGUAGAAUAAUUCUUAUAUUGAUUAGGGGACAGCUUGAGUAGUCUAAAACAAAACUUGAGGUCCCUUUUUGUCUAUAUAGUUUAAUAGUCAAGUAUUUUCAAUAUUGCACAGGCCUGUGAUGAAUCCUUGGUUUACUAGAGGUAUCCAUAAGGCUCCUCAUGUUCACAUGUUGACCUUGAUACUGGGCAUGUUGUUGAAUUUCACGAGAAACAUGAUACCUACCACAAAGAAGAGCUCAUUACUGUUCUCAAAUUCAUUGCUGCCAGUAAAUGGUGCCCUCAGUCUGUAAGGGUUAAUGGGAACUGUAUGCACCAUAUCCAUGAGGAAGACUUAAUGAGGUUGUUUAUCAAUAUUUUCACAAUUAUGGUAGAAGAGCAUCAAUAUAUUAGACGUCAGUACCUCUUCCUGGAUUUGCUGUCACACUGUGAUUAUGGGAGAAAUCUGAGUCUCAGCUGUCAUUAUGUCAGGAGAGGAAUGACUCGAAUCUACGCAGCAGCGGUUAGUGAGAAUGUGUUGAAUGGGGGUGUUGUUGUACUGUGGGAUGUUUCCACUUUGAAUGGAUAAUAAUACAGCUCACAUGCAGCCAUGAGAUAAAAACAUCCAAAUGGCCAGGUCUGCUUUUAUCAGCAGCGUAUCUGUGUCUGUAACAAUCCUCCUCUUCACUGAAUCACCUGGGGCUUAUUUCAGGAAGUGCCUGCUACACCUGAAGUCUGUUGACUGUAAACUGUUGUAAAGAUUGUCUCAUGCAAGAGGAUAAAGGACAACUUUUUGAAGAUGAUGAGAUAUUUCUGUGGUUUAAUUUGGUGAAAAGGGGCUUCUUUAUGCUGUCCUUUUGAAAUUCAUCAAUCUUCAUCAAGGACUUGAGAUUACAUUUCAGUGCAGAUGGAUUUCUCUUUUUCCUUGAUUGGCUGACGUUCCACAAAAACCCUAGUCAGCUAUUAAUAUUAUGACCACAUGCCAAGUAUUGUGCUAGCCUCCCUCUCAUCAGGUCAGGGCCAAAACAGUCCUGAACUGAUGAGACCUAGACUCUAGUAGGCCCCUGGAGGUGUGCCGUCACCAAGGUGGUAGCAGCAGACCCUUUGAGUCCUGCAAGCUGCAAAGUCGGGGCUCCGUGGAUGUGACUUAACAUUUGCAUCAAAAACAAAAAACACAAUAAAUGGGAAUAAAUGUUCAGCCUACCUUUGUUUGUUCACUGUCUCUCGGUUUCUGUCAGUCUACUUCUAUGAUACAACCUUUUCUUGUUGUACAAGUCAGAUGCACUGCUCUGCUACUAAAGAGGGACAUUCUUUCUUCGUUUCACUUUAAGCAGCUUUGAACUAAAUACCAGGUUUCUCCAGUAGGUAAGUAUCUAAACUGCAUCAUAAAAAAGCAGGAUUGGAACUUUUAGAGUUGUGAACUUGUUAGAGCUCGUGCAUGCUUGUGAUUGCUGCGGAUCCUACAGGUGUGUGAUUCAGUUGGGGUCUGGGUAGUUAGUGGUUUGAGUCAAAGCUGUUGUGAUCCUCCAGGUCACCUUCUUGCACUGCUUCAUGAUACAAUUCUGAUGCUCUUGUGUCCUGCCUAGGUGCUUUGAGCAGUGAACAGGAGUCAGCAUGGUCACCCUGACUCUAUUGAACCUCCAGAGCCAAUCUUUGCUUCCCAUGCACAUCAGUGAGCCUUAGUGACCCAUAACCUUGUCACCUGUGUUUAUAGUUGAUAGGAAAUGACCUCUGCUGACUAGGACUGCCCAGUAGAAGCAGCUGGUGAUGCUCUAUUGGUCUAGCUAUUACAGUUUGACCCAAUCAAAAUCACUCACACAAGGGCUGGAGCGAUUUUCCUGGCAGAAAUUGUGAUCUGUUGUGUUGACACACAACAGAUCCUGAGUCAGUCAGGAGCGCAAAAAAAGAAAAAAAUGGGGCUUUGGUGAUCACAUGAUUGGACUGUCUGAAAUCGCAAUUUUGAUCAGAAAGCAAUGAACCAUUCAGCCCUUACUCACACCCUAGUACUUGCCUGUUCUUCCUGUUUUCAUCACAGAUUUAGAAACACAAUGUUUACUUGCUAACUCAGGACUACCAUGUAACAGGAUUAUUCAAAUAUUCCCCUUACCUGUCAGUGCUCACACUAGUCAACUGCUUCCUUUAAUGUUACCUUGAAUACUAGAUAUUUGAUAUAUUUGUAUAUAUAAAAUACAUAUUGAAUAUUUGUUUCCCUGUUUUGCCUUUUCAUGUGUGUGAUUUUUUUUUUCCUUUUCCUCAAGUGUGAAUUAGUAAAACUGAUCUCGGAGACUGAAGCUCUAGCUACUGUAUAUCUUUGCUACAUCCACUCUACAUUUGUUGCACAGUUUCCCCUGAGAUAGGUAACAAACACUGUGAAAAAGAAUGAUGUGCCUGUUUGCAGAAAUAAACAUUUAAAACUAUAAUAUCAAAGUCAGAGUUCAUUCUUACCUCUAGGAAGUCCACAGCUUUAUUCCUCUUAGCUUGGUCAUGUCAUGUUGCAUAUUGAAACAGCUUUGUCAGUAUGUCCCCAUUUGACUGAACCAGGGGGCAUUGAUCAAUACAAACUGUGGUUGACAGCAUUUUCGGGUUUGCCCAAUUCUGUCACAAUAACUUGUCUCUCACCAGAAAGCCUUUCUCUGUGUCUUUGUGUAGGGUCCCCUCUAUUCAGUUUAUAUAUUUCAAAUUCUGGUGUUUCAUUGUGCAACGUGCUCCGUUAGAAUAAGUCAUUUUGAGCUCCUAUUCAGAUGGGAGGGUCCAAAAACUGUCACUGGGAUAACAGUUGUGACUGCUAUAUGUGGAAAAUGACAGGAUGUGCUAUGGUAUAUCACAGUGUACUUGAUUUUUUGCAUUUAAACUGCAUAAAGAGGAAGUAUAGGCCAUUAUCGCGGUUAAUCUGUGUGUGUGUGUGUGUGUGUGUGUGUGUGUGUGUGUGUGUGUGUGUGUGUGUGUGUGUGUGUGUGUGUGUGUGUGUGUGUGUGUGUGUGUGUGUGUGUGUGUGUGUGUGUGUGUUUGAACGUUGGACUGUUUGCAUAGUGGUGUGGCUGCUGCAGGAGCCGUGCACUGACAGUUCCUCUUCCACUACAGUUUCUGAUCUAUGACACUCAUUAUGGCUUCUUUAUUCUCUCUUUGUGUGUCUGCAAGUGUGCAGCACGUACACACAUGAACAUGCUGCAUACCUGGUUGUUAUCUGUUUAGGAACCUCUGUGGAGGAUAUGAACCCUGGAGCGAGAUUUCUUUGUCCGAAAUACCAGCUCUGUAAAAGCAAACUGACAGUUUAUGAUGAUGAAACUGCUCUGCAAUAAACCCUGGUGUUCUUGUCAGACAUCGCCCAGUCCUGUCUUUGUGUUCAUUUUUUUUUUUUGUCCGAUUGUUUUAAUGUGAUCUUGGCCUACUUUUGUUUGAUCCUGUCUUUGCUGUAGUUUGCCAUUGCUUCAAGUAUAAGACCUAGGCUUAAAGUGUUCAACUCUCUGAGCUAAAAGUAAUGGUUCAAUUUUAAGAUAAUACUAUAUACAAACUUUUGAGACAUACUUUGAUUUUAGAUUUGCAAUAGUAGAGCAGUAAGGUUUUGCUAAUAAUUAUUUUUCUCAUCAUCGUAAUUCCUAAACUUUGCUGUCAUUUUUAAUUAGUCUAUAAAUUGCAAGAUAAGCUUUGGUUUGUUUUGAAGACAAGUUACCCAGAACCCAAGUGUGCAAGGGUGGAAGUGAAUGACAGAGUACACUUAGAAAUCCUCGCAGCUUUGAGCUGUAUGUUGUAAAUAUGACUCGAUUAAUGGUAUAAUGGUUAAUCUUCAAGAGUUGCCAGUAUGGUUUUCAUUAUUUGUGCUAUCAAUUCAUACAUUUAUUGUUGUUGCAGUACAAAUCACACCUGUAUCAAGUAAGGAAGAAGUGAGGUCAUGGAGGUGGCCUCAACUAUGUUUCAUAAUCUUUUAUGUUAAUAUUUGGCUAUGUUCAAGGACUUUUUCUAGCUCAAUGAUGAACAUUUUCUGUACCUGACUUUGAUGUUCACUUUCAUGCAAAAAAGGAGAACAAUAAUUUUUUCCUUUUUUUUUAUCAGCUGCAAAAUCCACUGUGACAUCCUACCCCAUGUAGUGAGACAACUUACCCGAUGGUGGGGCAACAUGUCACAUGUUCACACUCUGUAUUUGAUUCCUUAUAACUCUGCACUGACACAAGAUAUGAAAAUGACAUGGAUACGAAAUAUAAACAUGAGACUUUGGCCUUUCAUCUGGUACACAUUUUGUUUGCAUAUGAUGUAUUGAUUCCAAGAAAUAUAUACGAGUGUAAAAAGUGUGACAACAAGCCCCGGUCUCCCCUACCAGUAACUGCAGAGAGUGUUUUGAUCAGAGAGGACUUUUUUACACUGUGUUCCCAAACUUCAGCAUAGUCACUUUCUCACACAGUUGGUUGAUGGUUGACCUUCACUUUUGUAACUCUGAAAUGUGUACUCAAGCUUUGUGACACACACUUCCACGCAUAUGCCGCUGAAUCUCACUUAGCUGGUUUUCCAUUCACCCCACCACCUUUACCUCUCACAGCCUCCUCUUCUCCUCCUGCCCUGCUGUGUUUUCCCCUGUCAGCAGCUAAUUGGCUUUCCUUCACGUCUCUGGGGGAGUUGUUUCAGUGUGAGGUGCUGUGUUGGUCUGACCCUGCAGGCAUCAAAGUGAAUAAGACAGCAGCCUCUUCUUGAUGAACUAUACUCUCCGAGUUGAGGCCACCUCCAUGACCUUAUAUGAACAAGUGAUGGUUUUCAACACACUUGGGUCAGUAAGGUCCUACGUGUUUAUUUUAAGUAUAAUAUAACACAAAAACUGGGACUUGUGAUAUGCUGCUCAGAGCUGAAAUAUUUCUUCAUUUUUCACAUAAUAAACCGUAGUGAAGGUUUCUCGGACCAUAAGCUUUAUGUCUGUGUCUUUCAGCUCAUGUUGUCAUGCUCGUUGCAUCCUCAUGUUUUUUUAGCAGCUGUCUACUUGCUAUCAGCCAUAUGGAUCCAGCUGACAUGACAACAUGUCUUCCUGCAAUGGAGAUUUGGCACAAGACCCAAAAUAGAUCUCAAUCAAGGCAUUAAAUAGGGGGUUAUGCAUUUUUUCAAAUUCUAUGUUUCCUACUGUAUAUAUAUGAAUCUAUAUGUAUGAAUGUAUGUGUAUAUGUAUAGCUGUGGUGUAUAGCCUUCAAAGAAGUCCAAACCAGGUUAAAGUCUCAGUAACAUUUUUUAAGUUUGCUUAUCUGGGAGCUUUCAUGGUGGCAGCAAGACAGUUUGGCUGAUAUGACUCAAGAUUUGAGCAGCAAGCGUUAUUGGUAUAAACUGAAGCUCCUCUUAGAUUUUAUGUUAUACUGCUCUACUUUUACACAUAAGGCAAGCAAGCAGACAUGAGCUGAAGCACAUCAAUGCUCGUUCUAGUAUUAUCCAUAACCCCCACAAGGCUGCAGCUGUGGUGCAGCUAAUGAGUACUCUCUAUACCAGUUCAUUUUUAAUUGUCCAAAUAAUUAAUUGCCUUUUGAUUUCCUAAAUAAUUAAUCAUUGAGUUGUGUAAAGUGCUUGUCACAUUUUCACAGAACUUAAAUCGUCAAGGGAUAGAUGUGUGCUCCAAGGGUAACACAGUAAGUGCAACAGUAUGCUGAAACAGCUAAUAUCUCUGUUAUUUCUGCAUUCAUGUUUUAGUUUGAUGGUGGGGUUAAACCUCUUUUGCAGUCAUUGAAUAAGUAAAUUUUGGAUUUCAACUAGGGCUGCACCUAACGAUUAUUAUUUUAUCGAUUAAUCUAACUAUUAUUUUUUCAAUUAGUUGACUAAUCAAUCAACUAAUUUAUUGAUUAUUCUGACGACUAUUUUUUUCUUAACCAAUUAAUAUAACAAUGAAUUUAAAAUGAAAAUUAAAAACUUGUCCUAUUAGUAUUCAAUUCAGUGAUUUAUUCAAUAAUCUCUUGAAAUCAAACAGAACAAAAAACAGUGCAUUUUUAUCAAUGCUUUUAUACAUUCACAAAGCACUUAACAUUGCUUUUUAGCUUAUCUAAUAUCAACUGUAAGCAACACUCAGCCAAAAGCUUGCACUUAGUGCUGGGCGACAUACUAUGAACCGCAGUAUAUCAUUUUCGGGUAACCAACCUGUGGGUGCACCAGUCUGAUGCAUUUCAUUGUGGGCCGCAGUUGGCAUUAUGCUGGCAACAGUGUUUACCUUGCUGAGUAAGACACAGUGCCAGAUAACAGGGCUUCCCCUAUAUGCAGUCAAUCGUGGCGCACUGCCACGGUUGAAUAAAAGCCUCCACACCUUAAAAAUGAGUUUUUUUCUUACGUGGCUCUACCUAGGACUUGUGUAUUAGUAUACAUAUGUGUGGCGGAGCUUGCGUGCGCCGAGUAUUUGCGAGUUAUCAUCAGCGAUCACAUAGCUAAUUAAUUAGCGAGUUGGGGAAAAAUUAAAGCACAAAACUGAUGCUUCAACCCUGAGCUAACUGCUUAAAGUGAAUGAAAUAGAUAUGGGAUGCAAGGCGUAUGAUGCAGCGUUCACGGUGGCAUUUGCUGCACCAGCUGUGUGUUAUAUGAUUGACAGGUCACCGCAUGUGUACUUAAAAGCAGCGUGAUCUUGGAAAUGUGAACGAGGAAGCCAGGAAGAACACAUGCAUUGGUUGGGAAGAGCUGUUUAUAGAUCAUGCUAAAGUAGGUUUAAAAUCAACCCCAUUAGGUGGAGUUCAUUUCCGUCCAUGCUUCCACUGUUACCUUAAGUAGCCAUUGUCUACGUCAUUGUGCAACGCAUCGAUGCAUGUUUUUUGCGUCGACGAAUUUUUGUUGUUGAAUACGUCGGCCACAUCAAUAAAUUGUCUACCAUUGUCUGGCUGCCAGCAUUUGUUGCUCUAAAACCAUAAAUGUAACGUAUAUUGUUAAGCAGUAAUGACUCCCAGGAUAUGUAAGCUACUCGUGUGAUCACAAACAAUGGAUUUUGGAUGUGAUUUUAAGCUUGUGGUGAUUCCCACUGCAGAGUCUUGUCUGUUUUUAAUGCAGUGCUGACUGAGGAGCAGAAGAUUGCAGCCAUCAUUAUUGGAUUUUAGGCCUUUUUUUAUUUGCACAGAUAUUUUUCUACAAAUGAUGUUUUUUAUGAUGAUCUGUACCGUAAAUCAAACUGGGGUUGCCUCGUCAGAAGAACGCAGCCCCACAUUGUAUAGUUUAAUAGAUCAUUAUUCAUGUGAUCAGUCCUUUUGGUAAAUAUAUUUGAUGUUGUUUGAACGUAUCUAAGGCUUGUACUGAUCUUAUUUGGUGCAUCAGCUCACCCUCUGAGCAUAAAUGUCCUUCUGUUGAAACAAACUUUCAGAGGAGAUGCUGAAAAGGGCAUGGAAAUAUGUUCAUGAAAGUGUGACUGUUGUGAGCGUAGAAAAAAAAAGGGGGGGUUACUGCAAGUGGUACCCUGCUGAAUCAGCACCAUAGUAUCACUGUAGUUUGCAGAUGCUAAUUGGCUUAGUUUGAAAGCCCCCCAUUAAGGUGGUCAGUUGAAAUACUCUAACAGAAAAUUACAAAUCUAUUUUGCCUAGUGUUUCCUGGCGUCUUCCUAUAGAAGAUCCUGUCUCACUGCUCAGUGCCCUCAAACAUCUACCCAUGAAUCAUCAUCAUUGUCUGCCUCUUGUUUAUCAGGGAAGAGAAACUGAUUGGCUCAGUAACAAAUCUGCUCAGGCAGGCAGGCAGGAAACGCUCUGUCUGAUCAGCUCCAAGUAUUUCCAGCUCCAUCAUUUUAUUAUAAAUGAUGAGCUACUCUUGCAGAUUGUCCCAUUACACUGAAGAAAGUCAUCUGUAACCAUUUCAGGACGUUUGCUAUUUGUCUGGGAUCAAAUGAGUUUUGCUGGCCAUUGUGUGUAUAAGUAGUGGGGAUUGUCGAAGUUCAUUUGAUGAAUAAACAGAAGCACUCUAGCUGCUCCCCUGCCCUUGCUCACUAUCUCUUUUUCUGUGCUCUUGAAAGAGUCACUCCCUACAGUAAUUACCUGAAUAAGACAAAAAAAAGUCCUGAUACUCACUUGGUUAUUUGUGCAAGGAAGGUAGUUUGAGUCAUAAAGAUGGACCAAUAUUAGGCUUUUCUCAUUCGGCAAUAAAGUUUGGGCUGCAAACACACACUUUUAGAGCAUGGUUUAAUUGGCAAUAGCUGUUAACCAGAGCUCCAGCUGAAACUAAUAUAUGACUGGUGUUUCAAGCCAACAGUAUAAAAACACUAAGAACUUGUUUAACCAACGAUGCCAGCUAGUGAGGGUGACAGCAUUUCAUAGUUAAUUUCCAAGUCUGGAAGUCAUGAUGCGGGAAAAUCCCACAACUAACCCCUAGACACACAUCAAAUUUCUGUAAAUGACUGCGUACAGGACAGACUGAUGAAGAAUUAGCCUGGAUUUCUCACCCUUAAGCUAACUCUCUCUACCUUGUACACUCCUGCACAUCUAGGCAGGUGCGGCACAUAGGUCCACUUAGGGCUGCACAAUGUUGACCAAAAACAAAAUCCUAAUUAUCUUUUCUCUGAAAACUCACUUUUUGAUUUUGUUUUUUUGUUUUUUCAGUGACAACUUCACCAAACUUCACUUUCAAAAUAAAAAGUUUUUGUAUCAUCACUCAAAACGAAACCACUGAAAACGAUGUAGUGCAUAUGACAAGCCAGUAAGUGGUGCUGUAACACUGCACGAAGAGUAUGGAGCAUGCGUAGAAAGGUUGUUUUGGCUGGACACGCUCAGGCGCCAUAAAAGAAUUACGCUGUGUGUGACAUAAUCUUUUUGAGAGAUGCAGAUAGACAGUACAUCCACAUGGAGAUGAAAUGAUAGUUGUUUAUGGAUUAAUGCACACUUAAAAAAGUACACAAUCACCUGAAACGCCAUUUCAUUGUGGAUGAAACGCAGAUAUGAUUAAAAAAAACUUUUGCGUUUACUCCUGAAUUCAUUUCCAUGGGGACCGGUUGAUACUGCCUUCAGACAAACUUUGCAGCGGGGAGUGGUUUGCUUUUUGUCUGAAACUGUGAAGCUGUACCAAUUCCACACGACUGACUUGCUCUUGCCCUGUUUAGCCUUGAAAUUAUCGCCUUCUUUUGCAAACACCAUGUAUGUAUACACUGGUGUGUGUGGGAACUGGGGAGCGCUCCCGCAGGAAGGGGGAGCCUACGGUGGCCUGGAGGCUCGAGACAUGAUAGAGAAAAAUUGAUUUGACGAUUUUUAUUUUAUCAACAUCGUCAUUAUCAAAGAAUCUGUUUACAAUUUAAAAUCGAUCAAUCAUGCAGCCCUAGGUCCACUGUAUAAUCAGCGGACAUACGACUGUCUCUUAAACUUUGAAUGACUGUUACGUUCAGUGAAAAGAACAGCAAGGCAUCACAUAAUAAAUCAAACCUCCAAGCAUGUGUGCCCAGCUGAGACCUGUGGUCUUGUCGUCCGAGUUUAAGAGAAUACUGCUAUCUGUCAAAUGAUCUGCACCUCCACAGCUGCUUGGUGACUUUAUUGAGCCAAAGCUAAUGUACUCCUGUGAUUGAAGGGCCGACGGUGUGAGCUAACGCUUCAAAAACGCAAAGGUUCUUGGGAGGUUGUGUUCAACCAACUGUUCAGGGAAGUUAAUUUCCUGGUGGUCUUAUUUGCUACGUUGUAUGGAUGCAUCAGCAUUAAUUUUACUCUGUUUCAAAACCUGUUUAAAGUCAUCACAGUAUGUUGAAGUUCCCUAGUAAUUAAACCAGAAAUAAAAAGAUCAUUUAAAUGUCUCUAACAAUUUAAACAGUUCAAAUAAAAAACAUGCCACCGAUGUGAGUAUUUUCGGAGCCCUUCAUGUAAACCAGCUGAUUUGGAAUUGAAGAGGAGACUUGCUGUCUGCCUCAGUUUGACUCGAUGUUGAGUCCAGUUCUUUUGCAAGCAAACAUAACAAUCCUGGGUCAUGAUUUCUUCAUUUCUUCCACUGCCCUUGCUCUCAUUCACUGUGAUAUUUUCCAUGGCUAAAGUUUUGCCAAUACAUGCAAAUGAAGCCAAUUAGAAAUCUGGUGAAGCGUAUGCAUAGCCAAGAACUCUGCUCACUCUGGGGAAAUCCAGACAAGAAAAUCGUAUUUCUUUCUCCAAAGCCUUAAGGAUUAUGGAAAGUGAGUUUUUGGAUAAGUUUUUUGACAAAGCAGAAAUCUGCUUUCUGCAGAAAGCCAGCAGGAAUCUGGUGACUUAAGUGCAAGUCAAAGCACUGAUUGGAAGUUCAGCUCAGUAGGAGGUUUUACUGUAGAGGAAUGUCCAUGCACAGAAAUAGCAGGAUAACAAAUAUCAAACCUGGAACACAUUGCAGCAGGUCUAUUGUGUAGCAAUUUGUGCACACACACACAGAGUUACCAGUAUGUGUUAGCAGUUAAACUGAGUCUUUGUGCUGUGGUUUGGGAAAAUCCAGGCUGGUUUGUUUACUUAACUAUAUCCUGUGAUUACUGUGUUGUUAAAUGUGCACUGCUUGUAUGCUAGAGAUCACAACAGCCAGUUUUCUCAACAUGGGCUAUGUGGGGAUUUUCAGAGUGAUGAUAAAAUGUUUGACUAAACAGGUUAAGUCAGCUUUAAACAAACCCUCACAACAAGGUACAGACAGGUGAGAAAGCCUGUCAGUGCUGCAGUGAAGAACUGCUCCAGAUAUCCUCCUCUACAGCUCUGCUAGGCUCUCUUGAUAUUCCUCCACACUGCUCCUCUCCCAAGAUCCACAUGAAAAGCGCAUUAAAAGGAAAUGACUUCACAGCUUAUUCUCCAUCAAAGAAAAGUUGUUACCCUCAUUAAAUGUACAAACAAAGCAAGAAUUAUCAUAAUGGCCUUGCUUUCUUUUCACAGCUGAUUAAUCUUUUAAUGUGACAACAAACAGUCUCAGUGGCUGUCACUGAUAAAUAUUUAUAAGGAUUACACGUGCUUUGUCCCAGUUUGAUAGCUGACAAAAAAAGAUAAAGCUUGUUUGCCUUUUGUUGGAUAAAGUUACAAUUCACUGCCGAAGCCUGUAAUGAACCGGAAGAUUAUAAUUGAAGAACGCCUCUUAGUCACUCCACUUACCUUCAGGCUCAUCCAUCCUUCCAUCCCACUCCUUUUUCCGGUCCUUUGUAUCUUUAUUUGGUCUGUACUGUGUCUCUGUGCCUUCCCUCUGCUGGUUUCCAGUUAAACUCAUUACCCCAAAGAGUUGUUGUGGCACAGCAUCCCUCUUUGCUGCUCUCUGAGCUCUCUUUUACCCGCUUGUUGCGGCUCUUUUUGUAUCAAGGCCUACAAAUUUCUUCAUGCACCGUCUCUUUCUCUCUGUGCACCUGUACACCCUCUCGAGGUUGAAGGAUCAACACAGAGUAAACAUAUGGGGAUGAUAGUGAAGGCAAUCGCUGUUGUUACCACUGGUAAAGAGAUUAGAUGGGUCUGGAUAAGGAGAUUGAUCUAGAUACUCCUGAGAUCUGGCUGCUGACCUCUGUGACUCCAGGUUAGUGACCUGUAAUACCUCAGGUCAGAUAGUCAGUCUGUGUCUAGUGCAGAUAUUUCACUUCCUUUAUUAAGUCUGUGUAAUGAAACCUUAAAGUCUAUUGAGGUGGGACAUCCUAGUAAUAGGCUCACCAUAGGUGGAAACUUGAUUUAAUCUGGAUGACUGAAGGAGUGAUUUAAUUUUUUCAACUGAAAAAUCUGAACUAUGAAACCGUCCCCUCCGGUAUAUUGCCAUUGCUCUUUUUAUUCAUUGUGAUAAUUUUGACAUCCCAGUCCAAGAGCAUUUAACCAAAAUUUAAAGACUCAAAUAAAAAAAAGUUUUGUUGAGCCCCAGUUGUGAGCGCAGCUUUGUCAAGAGCUGCCUGUGAAUUUCUCUUUCAGCCUGAGAGUCAAAUGACAAAUAGGACAGUCUUGCACCAGAAGCCAGACUCAUGGAAACAUAUUGGCUCUUUCAUCAUGUGGGCAGCCUCACACCAAAGAUAGUCUGCUGACCUCUAAUUUAAGAAACAAAGCUUCGGGCCUCACAGUGACAAAGUGAAAUGGCUCCAGUUAUUCUGAAUCUAUUUGCAUCAUCUAUCCACAGUGCAGUGGUGCAGACUUGCAUGUUAUAUUGGGAGAAUGGUUUGACUUUAAUGGUUUGUUUGGCAUGUUUAGCCUCCAGCAGCCUUAAACCAGAGGACAAUCAGAAACGGCUGUUAAAAACCUCACCACUAUUUUUAUUUGUUUUUACUUAAUCCUGUGUCAGCGCCUAAUUUUGUGUGAAAUGGUCUUAGUUUGAUGAGGUCAAGACUCCGUGGCUGCAAGUGAAGGUUAUGGGAAGAUCAUUGUUACUGCAAAAAACAACCACAGGCUACACAGUCCUUUUCUAGGGUGAUAGAGAAAUGCCUUUGUUGUGAUAGUCAGUGACCUUGCUUAGGCUGGAACAAAUCCCUCAUUCAAAACCAUUACCAUCCUGGUGAAAUGGUGAAUUUUUAAAGAGUCCGAAAAAGAAAGGAGCAGUACUUUCUGUUUCUGUCUGUUUUUGAUCUUUUGAAAUCUUCACUUUGGUUUAAAUGGCUGCUUAGAGUUUUUGUAUAGGCUGAGACAAAGAGAGUGGAUAAGUAGGCAGCUUUAACUGCAAGAUUUUUAUGGUCUAAGCAGAGGUUGAAGAGAGAGAACAUUUUUCUCUGAGGAAUCAUCGGUGUCAUCAGAUACACUAAACAGGCAAACCAAGGCCAGCCAGACGCCCCCUCCAUCUAUCAUCUGGAGCCUAUAGGGUGAGCAGUGCAUCCUCAUAGAUGAUGAGUCUGCCUCCAUAUUCCUCUGAGCUUGAUUUCAUGGUCUGCAUUAGACAGCCUACAGCACAGAUAAACACAAACACACACUCACAGACACAGCCCUGCUGUAUUGUCUGUGCUGUGAUGGUCAAACAGUGGCCCCAAGGGUGGCCUGCUCCCAUAUGACAGGAAAUGGACUCAUCACUCUGCCGAAAACACGGGAGCCUUUCUGCAGUUAUGAUGACAAACUUUGUCAUAUUAAUCAGGAAAGUGCUACAAAUCUUGUGGAUCACACAAUUGUCUGUAUGAAGUUGAAAACCAAAUUCUACUUAGAGCGCUAAUAUGUUGUUGCCAUUAAUAGGAAACCAUUGUCAGUGUCCUGUCAUGAGAAAUUGUGGAGAUGUCUGGAAAGAGAAUUUGGACAACCUUUGACAGUCCUGUACUGCAAACCUCCAGGUGCUGAUCCUUUCCUCUCACACUGCUGGAGUCUUGUAACCCAGGAUGUGAUUAAACCCCUGCAGGCUGCACCACAGCACCAGCAGUAAUGCAGUAACAUUAAGCUGAGUGACUGAAGUAAGUCAGAGUGAAGAUGGAUGUUAUUAACACACAGAUCCACCGGAUUUCUCAAUAAUCAACUCUUAAGGGGAGGAGGUGGAGAUGUUUGUUAUAAUUACAUCAGGGUAUUCAAGAAAAGACAGGACAGAUCCCCCCAGAGAAGGAGCAUGACAAACAACAGAGUAGUCAUUUCUGAUUUUCACCUCCCAUUAAACCUGAAACAGAAAAAAAAAAAAAACUGAAAAAUUCCAUUAUCACAUCCUUUACUUCUUCAACUCUCCCCAUCACCUCAUUGUAGGGCUGGGCGAUAACCCGAAAGUGUUACGACAAUAACCAACGUCAUUUUGCCCAUAUCAGUAUAUUCGGUGUCAACAAAAUAAAUAAAUCAAAGUUGGUUUUAAAUGUGUGUAGGUAGGCUAUGGUCUCAUGUCCCUUUAAGACACUGUCCUACGUCAGAGACGUGACUCCACCCCAUCCAAUCCGUAACAAAGAGGGAAAGACGGGUGAGGAGAUGGAGGACGGUUCAAAAGUUGUAGCGGCUGGAGCGGCAGCUGAAGUAGACAAAGUUGUUGUGGAAGGGGUUGAGCAGCUUGUGGAGUAGUUAUCGUCCAUUUAUCAUUAUCAAGGUGAACUGCUCAAUAUAUUGUGAUAUUGAUUUGAGGCUAUAUUGCCCAGCCCUACCUCAGCGCAGGAUUGACAAAAAGAAAAAAAUGGCACGCUGUCUUCUUCACUCUUCCUCACCUCAUAAAUUCAGAUAUUUAGGACUGAUUUCUUUUUCUUGUACACUCAUCUCUACUACCAAGACUGUCUUCACAAAGGAAGUAACAAAACGUGUUUUCAGUUGACGCAGGAGAAAUGUUGAAUUAGUCCUUUUUGAAGAAAAAGGACACUCUACUGUAUAUGGCUAUAAAGGUUUUUUCUCAAAGAUUCUCAUUGACACAUUUUUUUUGUUGCUGGAAUAAUAGAUGUAUUGGCCCACCCCUAGAAUUGAACCUUGAAAUGAGUUUACUGGUUUUAUGUUCAUUAUGUUUUGGUCAGGUCACUAACUUGCCGUAUUCCCAGGAUGCUCUCUGGCACCUUUAUAGGGUGAGUGCUUGUAGUCAGACAGUUUCUGUAUUUCACCCCAAAUUCCUUCAAACAUUAUUUUCUUGAAGGAAUAUUACUGUUGUAAGACUCGAGCUUAUAUCCAUAUAUUUUCCUGUGGAGACGUUUCAGCCGUAUCCAUGCUGGGUACUAAGCACUUAAUAACUAGCUCUGACACUCACGGUGAGUAAUGGGACCAGGCUGCCAGCUAAAUGGAGGUCAAUUUUUGUCUCAGCUGGUCAGUUUGUCUCAACUGUCAGCCACAACGGCAACAAAUCAGCCUUUUUAUUCAGCCCAAAGAAUCUACUCAGACUCUGUCAAAAACUCUGAGAAGUGCCAAAUACUGUGGGCAGUAAGGAGAAGUCAGCUCUCUGUCCAGACACCACAAAACUAACAAAACAGAGAACUUUAAAGGGCUGCUGCUGGAGGUGGAUUCAUGCUGAUUGAAGUCGGAUGGCUUUACACUUUUCUAUUUUAGCGCAAUGUGUUAAAUACAUGGUGAGAGAGUGAGAGUGAGAGAGCGAGGAAGACUAGUGGCAAAGGGGCCACAUUUUGGAAGCAAACCCAGUCCAGUCCAGUCACUCGAGGCAUGAUCUUUUAGACCACUGGGCCAGCAGCGCCCCAUCUUUUUCUUAAACUUUUGCUUGAUUGGUCAGAACCAUGGCACCCUCAAAGGUUACUAUACUCAUCUAUCCACCGUCCUGUCCUCUACAAACAAAGACGAAGAGCUGAAAAAUAACUCUUUAAUGAAACAACAGGGAACCUGAUUCUCAUCAGGACACAUUCACCUUUGACAUGGUGCACCUGUCGAUUUAUAUUGAGCUUUACCUUAAGAUGAAAUGGUUGAAGUUCCUGUGAGAAGCUGUCAGCAGAUUAUUUAAUUGAUACUGGUGUCUCAUUAUGACCUUUGAAAGACUGACAGCUACAAGAUUAAGGGGUUAGUGUUGGACCAUUUACUUGACAGCACACUACAGAGACGUGCUUUUGUAUGUUUUCCAGAGCAAAUAUUCAUGGAUUGAUUCAAUUCACACUUAAACUAAUCCGGAUUUCACUUUGUCCACUGUGGGCACUGAAAUCAGCGCAGACACAAAGCUCCUCCUCACAGAAGCUCCAGCAGAAUCAGAAAGAUUCAAUUCUCUCUUGCGAAUUGUAAACUCAAAUCUGUGCAGAUAAAGGAGGUGACUUGUCAGUAUGUUGUUUAGGUGACUUGAAAGAAGGCUUUACACCACCAGGAUUUUUGGGGCCCAUCACCAGUUACUGAGUUUAAAUAAACUGAUAACUGAACACAUGAGGGAACAAUAUGUCUGAUGAAAAUAACUUGUUCAUUUACUGUACACACUCGUGUACUGUUUACUGAGUUUAAAACAGUAUUCUCAAGCGUUUUUUGCCCAUGUUUUUUUGGUUUUUUUUUUACCCCAAAUUGACUGAGAAUAGAAGGUUAAACAUCAGUGACCUCUAGAGGCCAUCCAUGGCUCUUGAUGCGGGAAUACACAUCCCAGUGUGGCUCAGUUAGACCAGUGUCACCACAGUAUGUGUGUCCUGAGAGGGGAAAGCGCGGAGUACGCCAGCUAGUGUUUGAAUAUGGGGUUCUCAACAAAGCUAAAUGGCAGGUCGGCCAGCACAAUAAGGUCCCUUAGCUUUCUUGUACCCCCGCACCUUCUGUACGACCAGACACAGCCCAAAGUCACUUGCUGCAGCCAUAUCCAUGUCUCUUUUUUGCCUUUUCUGUACUGUUUUUUUUUUUCCUUUUUUUACUCAGGGUGCUCCUCUUUGAGUUCUUUGUCCAAGUGCUUAGUUAAAUCCAUUGUGUCCAACCACUUUGUCAAUGUAGCGCCCCGUGGUUCUGAAGCAUUGCAGAGGUUGCAUACAAGCUUUUGUUUUAUCUCUCUGGUUCACGUUGAAGAAUUUCCGCACAGCUGAUGUGUUUGUGUGUAUCCAACAUAUUCAAUAUUGAAAAAUCUUUAUUGUUCAUCACAUAGUGACAAGGUCAAAAUAUAAAGGCCACAGACACAUUAGAGAAACACAUUUAAACUAAAGAGACAUGCCUAUUUUGUUUUAUUUGCUGAGUGUUGGUUUGUCAGAGGCAUCAGUUUCAGUCUCAGUUUCCUUAAACUUAACAGCAGGGUCUGCCAUCAGCCCAGUGCUACCAUAGUGUCCUUUUUGUACAUCAUCGAAUCCAAAAGAAAGCACUUCAUAGAUAAGUCAGGUUUGAUCGCUGAUGGCCUACAGCUGCACUUUUGAGACUGUCACAGAAGUAACAGAGAAAUAACACAAACAAGUUGAAAUGGAAAAUCCUUUUACUGCCCUGUAGUCACCCCACUUUGUCUUCUAGUCACAGUAAAGUCACAAAGACUGCCAGCCUCUCGUUUAAAAAAGACAGUUCUCCUGGUAAGCUGUUCAGUCUUCUGAAAAUCAUUGUAUGGGGUCAUAAUGUUUAUGGGCAGUCUGGUAGGCUGGUUAAAAAUGCACAGUGCUAACCAUAAACAGCUCAAAGUAUACUGAACCCAUAAACUUGGUGCUCCGUAUACACCUGUCUAAUUAAGGCUUCUCAAACCUAAACCACCUGAGCGAACUCGCCGAACAGUCUCUGCUGUCUCCCAUGUCUGUGGCCUGCUCUCUGUGAUUGACGUGCUUUAUAUCUCAGUUAUUGUUCAAAACAUACUUUCAGGUCAGAUUGACUCAGGCUGCCAGAUUCACUCUUGGCUGGGCACUGCUGGUAUAAACUGUCCCUCUGGCUGAUUUUCUCAUUAUUACAUACAUAAUUUUAAUGCACGCUGUCUCGCAGAAAUAAGCUGAAUAAUCAAGACUUUUAACAUCGUCAAUUCAGAAUUAUGGUGGCACAUCUGUGUGAAUAGAUAUCCCCACGAGGCUUAAUGGUUGAAAAGAGUUUAAAGAUGCUUUAAAUCUUACUUUAUAUGUUAAACUGUCCUUCUGAAAUGUAGGCAUACAGUGAGUGUUCAUAUAGAAGAAACAUGAAUCUAACAAUUCCUUUGGCUUGUCCUAAGGCAGUCACUUUGAGGACUGUUGCUUCACAGUUACUGUAAGCUGCUUUGAAAGCCCUGCAGGCUGCUGGAGAGGCUGCACCAGCCCCUCUCUGGUCGGAGUAAGCCAGUCUGGCUGCUGUAAGCUAAGGAUUAGUCAACAAAUCUUACAGGGCACAAUAUCUUGCAAUGUUAAUAUACUCCGCGUUAUUUUCUUCUGUUAUUUGUUUACACAGUAAAUGUUAAAGGGGCCCAUGCUGUCUUACAAAUAUGAGUCAUAGCCUGAGGUGAGCUUGUGGACCUGCACUGUUUUGGUGUGGUCAAUAGGUUUUUAUUGUUUUUCCAGGGGCUAUGCGAGUGGCCCACCCUUCCUCAGUGUGCAGUCUGUUUGCAGUAAGUGAUAGUUCACAGAGCUGGGCUGUCUCAUCUCCUCUGAUCUGCUACAGAGGCACUUAGAUGUGUUGAGCAGCUGGUUGAAGAAGCAAAGCAACUCCUCAUUAAAUAAUCAUCAUGACUGCAAUGGGCUGAGACAGUGUUGUUGUUGGGCUGUUAGUGCUUCUUCCUACUGACCAACCUGCACCAGAAACACCCUCAAACUCUACCCUGUGAGCUCUGCCCUCAUCCAAACAUAGUCAUUAUGUAGACUUUGAGAGUUUUCGGGUCAGUAACUGAAUUCUGGGUAAAGGAUUUCCCGCCACAGUUAGAGUGAAGUAGCCCAGCAUUCUGUACUCUCAUGCCAAAAGUAAUCUCCAAAACCGUCCAGAACCAGUACAUCACCGAACUCUCAGCUGCUCCUCUUUGUCUCAUCACACACACUGCUGUGUAGUCUUGAAGCAGAGUGCUGCUUCAGGGCCUUUUUUUUUUAUCUAAACAGACACAUUUCCUUAAUACAUAUUUGAUAGUGUGUGCUGUCCAUGGGAUGGGCUUCUUCACUGUGUUGCCUUGUGUCAGGUCUCCAAGUCAGCAAGGUAAGCACCUCUGGGAGGCUAAUGUAUUCCCUCCCCUUCUUGCUAAAGUAUCUUAUGGUCCAAAAAUAUACUCAGUUAAUGUGAAUGUUGCUGAAAAAGAAACUUGAUGGGUAAUAGCAUUUAGCUGAAGUCAUCCCUUAGGUCCCUGUGCUGCACGGUAAAGGCCAACAGUUUGGAUGAUCAGUCAGUCCGAUCAUAGUGGACUCACCUGUUUUCACUCUGAUCGCUGCUCUUUAGCGCAGAGAUGCCUGACAGGCUGUAACCUUUCAAAGUAUCUAAUGAGCCUUGUCUUAAAUGUUGGUCAGGAUCAAGGUUUGCCCAUUCUUUUAUCUUAGCUCUGAUAUAAGGCCAGUGUAACACUGAAUAAAGUGAAGUCAUGUCUGUGUAGGGAUGUAACGAUAUAAAAAUUUCACAUCACGAUGAUUGUGAACAAAAUUAUCACAGUUAUCAAUAUUAUCACGGUAUAGUUGAAAUAUGUUCAAAAAGUACUUAUACACGCCCUGAAAUCAUUUAACAAAGUUUUAUUUAAAAAAACAAUCAAAAUGACACGCAGAAUGAACUUUUCCUUAACCUUAAUUAACAGAUGAAUGAUAAGCUUAAAAAAUUAAAGAUGGGGCCUUCAAAGAGCCAGAGGUAAUCAACACUAGCACUAGUAAUGACAAAGUACAAACUAAUGUGCCAGUGGCAUAAAUAUUAACAUAAUGUCAAAGAAAAAAAUUUAAAAAAUGACAUUCCUUAUUGUGCAAAUAAUAAGAAUCUUCAGUGCUCAAAAAGAUCUACUCUUACAAAUAUAAAACAGAGCAACACUAUUAUAUGAAAACAAUACAACCAUAUGUGAACAAAUGUGUAGUGCACAUGUUUAAAAUAACAUAAAAAUAUGUUAAAUCAAAUGAACAACACCAAAGAUGUCAGCAUAUUUACUUUCCUGGUUUGAGUAGUGAAGAUUAUAUCCGCAAUAGCCGUGAAACUAACAGUUGCUCUGUUACUUUCACGUUACAUUACGUUACCCGCGACACUUGCUAUAGACUGAGUAUAAGCUUGAAUGCUACCUUUCACGUUGAUGGGAGAGGGUCUGACGGAAUUUGACGCGAUCGUCGAUGACUCAAAACAAGUAGGAAAUAACGCUGUGUGUUGUGCUCACACAGUGUGAGCAGAAAUUAUUAGUGGCGCAUCGAUAUUAAUGAUCAUAAAUAAUCAUUAAUAAUCAUGUACAUUCAAUCAGCAGCGGCGGUGUGCAAAGUGUCUCUAUAUGCGCUACUUUGCUAUAGAUACAUGCCAAUUCUAUUUUCAAUGGAGCAGGCACACAGCAUUCUUUUCUCAUCUCUUCUACACAGGAAAGAUCAAUCUAGACAGGAUGGCGUGCACAGAAGUGGUGCAUAUCAUCCAGUAAAUUUUAAAAACACCAUAUGUGGACUCCUGACUGUAGAUCAGUUUGUGUAGAUGAGAAAUACUUCCUGGUUAUGGAUUUAUUGGUAACACAGAGAAACCCCAUGAUCAAUCCCUGAUCCAUGUGGACUCCAACAGGACUUUUAACUUCCAGCUCUGUCUUAAGGUAACAGCACAGCAUAAAGGAACAUAGUUUACUUUACUAAACACCAGUAAACCUGCAAAAAUGCAAACUUCAAAAUCACGUUACUUGUUAACAUACAGUAGAAGCUCAACAGUCACAGAAAAAAAUCUACAUUAGCAAGGAAUUCACCACAGAAAGGCAAACUGCUGUGAGUAUGUUCUCCUUUGCAUACUGAGUCCAGCUCUGACCCAUAUUUUUUAAGGGGGCGCUCUCAUCCCCUGUGAGCGCGCAGAGGAAAGGAAAAGUUAAUGCAAAUAAAAAGUAAAAUGUGUCUCCUACACUGACGGAGACAAAAGCUGUUUUCAUUUCCAGCAGAUGGUUGGGACUUCAAUGAAACUGAUAACACAAGACUUAAAGAUUUGAUGAGCCUCGUGAGAGCAAUUCAGGACUUUGUAAAUGUACUUCAGUUUUCAAAAAGAAAAAUAAAUACUUGAGGCUUCACAUCAAGUAGCCUGAUAUGUGUUGACUAGCAAAUCCUAGUUUGGGUACAGCCUCUGCUUUUAACAGAGUUUAUUUUUCUAAUCUUUUUAUCUUGAGCUUGUUGAUCUCGCAGAAGUAUUCUCCUCGGAUCUGUCUGUGCAGAGCAACAAAAUCUCUGUUAAGCAGUGAGGCAGUGAAUUCACAUGGUGCAGAGAAAAGUGAAAAAUGGAAGCCCCACACCAUUGGAUCUCACUGUUCCACGGGGCGAUUUAUCAGACCCAGUCUUUGCUGCGUAAUAAAAGUUUUUACUCAGGUGGGAAGAGUUUAGGAUACUUUACUACCAGAGAGAAAGAGCACCUGCUUAAGUCAUGAAGCAGCUCUGCUCGGUUACAUACUUUCUUCUUCAACCUUUUGCAAUUGUGUUUUAGUAAAUGUUUUACAUUUUUACUAAAGGAUAAUCUGUUUCACCAUUUAAAAAAAAUAUAUUACUGAACAUAAGCCAGACUAAUGUGGAAAGGGAAAUUCAUGUCAUAUAUAUAGACAGCUGAUUCAAAUAACUGAGAAUAUCAGUCACUCCAACAGUUGUUUUCUGUUAGCCUCCGACUGCCAGAAGUACUCUGGAGUUCCAGGUCACAGAGCAAUGUCAUGCUUUGCAUGGUCUGCACUUUGAUUGUCAUCACAUGUACAUUUUAAGCCAGGCUUAAGACAGCUUUUUAAAUCGUAUCCCUGCUUUUCUUCCUCUCCUAGUAAAGGUGAUUUGAAUGAAUGAGGGUCAACACCUCCUGUUGUAAUUGUCUCCAUUAUGCCUGUGAGGUGCAAACCGAGCACAGAGUUUUGAGGUCAGUUUAUUUUGGAGAUUGUUUGAUGUGAUUCAUAUGGUUUUGGUUUGCACCUUUACUCACCUGGAGGUAGUGCUGGGCGAUAUGGAAAAAAAUUUAUAUCACGAUAUGGAUCAUUUUAUGUCACGAUAACGAUAUAUAUCACGAUAUAGUUAUGGUAUGCUUUCAGUUCUAUGAAAAAUUAAAGUGUAUACAGCUGCCCUAGUACAGUGCCAGUACAAGACCAGCACUUAAAACUAGAAAAAUGAAUAAAUAAAUAUGUGGCUGAAGUGUGUUCAGGUCUGUGCUCACCCAAAGUUAUGCAACACUCACAGAAAAUGCCGAUAGUGUGAGCCAAAGCACUCCAUAAUAAUAAUAAUAAUAAAUUUAAUUUGUAAUGCACUUUACAUUUACAAAAAAUCUCAAAGUGCUACAGUACACAGUAAAAAAAGAGCAGCAACAAUAAAAAAGCAAUAGAAUGACAGUCACAGAUUGGCAUAAAAAACGCAAAAAAGAAUAAAAAAAUAAAGAAUAUAGAGUUGCAAUGUAAGAGGCAAGGUAGUAAAAGCAUAGAGGAAAGCUAACCAAAGGCUUUAUUAAAAAGGUAGGUCUUUAGGGCUCUUUUGAAGAGGUUGUUCACACUGCUGGAUGUUUCUCCUCCAAAGCUGCUCUCUGCCUCCAUCAUUGUUUACUUUACUCUUGAAGCACGUAGCAAGACCCGAGCAUGAAUCCGAGCGCUUUACUCGCCUAUCAGGGGCAGACAGGUAAGGUGAUUUGAUUCGCCACGACUCCAGAAAUGAUUGAAAAACUACAGAAUGUCACAAAAUUACGUUUCCUCGCUCCUGACUUGAAGGGUACAAAUGCGCGGCCGCGCUCCCAGCUGACAGGAAGUCAAACCACUGUUGUAGUUCUUUUGUGUUGCUAGCGCGGUCAAGAGUGUUGGCUCUCACUGAGAGAUGACUACAAAAAUGGACGCACCUGUUCAUCUGGUUGUUAAACACGGCUGAAAAUGAUCAUCUGUGAAUGUUGUUCCCGCUCCUGCCCACUCCCGUUGCUUUUUUUUCCCAUCCCGUCCCGAUCAAGGGGUUAUUUAAAAAUGACUCCCAUCCCGUGGGAUUCCCGCGGGAAUCACGUGACCCACGGGAAUUCCCGAAAAAUGUCAUCCUCUACAGGGAAGGUCCCGGAGCAGAUGAAACAGAUGCCGGAGCGGCUGAAAUAGGUCCCGGAUCCGAUCAAAAGAGGUCCCGGAUCGCGCUCCGACUUGCUCCAGCACAAAUUAAGCACUGCUUACAUGAUCCCCUCACGUAUGUAACUCAGGUAACCCGCAACGGCGGGAGACGCUGGACACAAAGAGGGCACGUAAAGCGGCGUCAUGUCGCAAAAUCGAAAGAGAAAUGCGAACCCACAUGUCAACGCAUCCUUUUCUUUGUAAGAAAAUAUUGUUUUCUUUCCGUUUGACACCAAAUACACUUACUGAAUGUGCAAUUAUUGUUGUUGUUACUAUGAAUCAUCUGAUGGCACAGGCCCUAUGGAUAAAAUACAGCCUAUCGCCCGAAACGAUAAAAAUAAAAAUGACACGAUAGACAUUUUCUAUCAUGCCCACGAUAUCUAUCGUCCUAUCGCCCAACACUACCUGGAGGUGGUUUUUUUUUUUUUUUUUUUUUUUUUUUAAUUUGCCAGCUCUACUGAGGUGCAGUCAUUCUCAGUGCAUCCCACUGCCUUCCUGCUUACUGCAGUAUAGGAUUUGUGUGAAUUUGAUAAGACAUUAUCAGAGUUUAAUAAGUGCUUUUUGUGAAGUCCUCCACCUCAUCUGGGCUCUAAAGCGGCUUUAGUUUUCACUCUCAAGCUCUCACUUCCACACUCCUCUCCUGAACAACACAAGGUCUGCGAAGGUAGAGGAAGGUUGACGAUUAACAUUCUCACCAUUUGUGUCUUUCACUCAGCUCUCUUCUUUCUCUACAUGUUAAGAGAUGUCAACCAAUUGUUAUAAUUCAUUUUCUUUCUUCAGGCAUGGACUGACAAGAUGCAAUAACACAUCAUAUCUGCCACACCCAGUACCAGAUGAUCUCUGAACACCAGAUGUUCUCCCAUCCAGUCACACAAGCAACCCUUUAGAGAUAAGCCUGUCCUGGUAUCAACCAAUCAGAGGCAAUAUUAGACACUCAGAGUUAGGGAUGUAAUGAUGCAUUGUGAGACAGUCAAAAAUUGAUACAAAUGUGUGACGAUUCAAAUUAGCUCAGUGUCAGUGAUUCAGACAGAGCUAGAGACAUGGUGGUAGCUGCAAGUAGUUUUAAAAUUAAGGAUGCACAGAUCAGUUUCAGGUCAGGGUGUGGCAGGAUUUUGGCUUCUCCUGUGUUCAAAAAUGGAAAGGGCGAGAAUUUCACAGACAAGACAAAAGCAAAGUGCAGCUAUUGCAAGAAGGUGAUUACAUACACAAAUAGCACAACAAACAUGAUGCAGCAUGUCAACAGGCACCACAGUGAGAAGCUCAAGUCACCACCGGCUGAGAGAAAAAAACAGUUAAAAAGGAUAAUCCACGCUGACAAACUAAUUUAAAACCCUGCUCACCCAAACUAGUGCAAGGGCCAAGGAGAUUACGAGGUGCAUCAGUGUUUUUAUGUCAAAAGAUGUAAGGUUUAUUUCUGUGUAGUUAAAAAUGAAGGAUUUUAGCUGUUAGUUAACUGGAGCCCGAAUACUGCAUCCCAUCACACCCGCACUUCAGCCAGACAGUGAUUAUAUAUCUAAAUAAUAUAAAUAUAUUUUAAAUAUGCAUUGAUUCCAUAGUUAGUUUUUUUCCUGAGAAAUGGUUAAAGGAAUCGUGUUCAGUCAUAGACUGUAUGCGCUAAUUUUGGAAGAAAAAAAAAAAAAUUGGGAGAAAAUCCUAUGGUCAACCCAGUAUCAGAAAUCGUAUCGAAUCAUUAACUGGGUGUACUGUUAUGUCCCAGCUCAGGGUUAAUGCUGUAGCUGUCCAGCUUGUAGACAGUGAGUUGAUCUUGUAUAAAGUCCCUAUGGAGUUGGAGAGAAGUGACGGCUGUUCAGCGAGGCUUGGCCAUGUUUUGGUGGCCUGUUUUGAUUGAUUGAUUAGUGGUGUUAGGGCUGCAUGAUAUAUCAUUUGAGCAUCGUCAUCCUGAUGUACUGUGCGCGGUAGUCACAUUGCAGAGCCUGCUUUAUAGGAGGCGAAUGAGCUCAUUUAAUUUCAAGAGUAGCUGACUGAGAUACACUGCAUGUGACUCUGCAUGUGCUGUGCAGCGAUCCACCAACAGGGUUGAAAAAAAUUGCAAUGUUAGUUUUUUUGAAUAUUGUGCAGCGUUAAGUGGCAUGCAUGAUAGUUCUGUCAAUGUCUUUGAAUUAGGAGUCAAUAGCAGGAGUUUUUAGAUGUAUCUAUUUGUGUAGAUUUAGAUGUGUUUCUACAUGCAGUUCAACCAAAGAGAUUUUUUAUAGUUUAUAAAAAUGUAUAUCUGGAUAUGAGAGAUCAGUCACCAGGAACUUUGGUCACAGUAAUGUGUGGGAAGAUGACAGCUGCAUUGAAAGAUAGAGAAGCUGGGAUGUGUCUCUUCAACAGUUAUACAGCUCACUGAAUAUCGGAACAUCAAACAGCCUCACUGGUCUGACAGGUUAGUGAAAUGCUAAAGCCAGUGUGUUAGCUUGCCCCAAAAUGACCAGCUAUUAAAACACCCGGCUUUUGUUGUGAUGCAGGCUGAUCAUUACUUGUGUUUUGGAAUCAUAGUAUACUCUAAUCAUAGUGUUGUUUCUUUUUUGCCAACUACCCUUACCCUGUAUGUGAGGGGAUAGGAACAUGAAAUGAGCCAGCACCAGCUCAUCCACCUACCUGUGUCCUUUUCCUUUGAGCUGCUGUCUUUUUGUGCAACAUCUUGUAGCCCAGGCUUUAAUUAAAAUCAUGAAAAGCUGUGUAGCUCCGGGUCCUCGGUGCUGUUGCUUCCUAAAUGGUAUACAGGUGUAAAGACUUGUGCUGUAAUUGAUAUGUUUAAUAACUGCAGAAUCCAGAUUUUUCACUUUUAUUGCAGUUUCUUAUUUCUCAUAUUUUCUUGCUCUAGGGCAUUUAGUGUGUUUUGCUUUUCUCCACGGCCUCAGCUUGAACUCUCAUUUCUCCACCCAAAAACCUGGUCUGGACAGUGUCCCACUUCUGAGCCUUGAUGGCGUUUAUAUUGAAACCACUCUGAAAACCUUUUUCACCAAUUUUUACCCCUGAGCUUUUUCAUAUGUUUGGCUGGAAGAAACCAAAAAGCCAUUUACACUCUAAAAAUAUGCUAGUAUUGGGCCCAAGUAAAAAAAUAAAGUAAAGCAUUCUUCUUUUUGUGUUUUUCUACAAAUAAAACUGGACACAGAUCACAAACUCUUGCAUAAUGGUUCUCCAAGCUGUAGGGAACUGCUUUAAGUAUAAACUGUACUUUUAAGUUAAAACCAUUUAAAGCAUAAGCUGAGGUAGGAAUCAGUGGUUGACUCAUCAGUAGAUUGUGUCACAAGUCCCAUGAUGGUUCUUCUAAUCACACCCAAACUCACAGUCUUUCUCUACAUAGGAUUAUCACAGCACACAUACAUUGCAGGUAUAGAGACACUGGUGAAGUUAGUUCAGCAGUUUGUGUGUGCUAACAAGCACAUGGAAAAGCAGGACAACGCUCUGUGCGAGAAGUGUCUCUACACACUGCGCCAUUGAAGAUACAUGAAGAUUUAUGACAACAUACAUAUACCUUGCUUUUUAACAAUUCACAUAACUUUAUUGAUGACACCAAACACAGUAACUUUGCAAUUAUUAAAAAAAAAAAAUGGAAACAGAUGAUACCCCAUCUGCGUCUCAUCAGAUCUUAAGUUCACAGCUUGUCUUCUUCCCUCAUAUUUUCCUUCCUUGUCCUUGUCUCCUCCACUAAAUCCAUUUCUACUGAGUUUUGUCUCCUCACUCCUGGUCUUGCUCCUCCCCUGCUCUUCCUCCUCCUCCUCCUCCCCUGCUCCUCUCUCAUAAGAUUACAUCUUAAGUCCUACAACAAUACAACAGUUCAGCAGAGGCCCUAUCUGCAAUCUUCAUGGACUGUGAAAUUAGGUUUGAGGUAAAAUAGGGCCAGUGGAGUUUACAGAUGAUUAGAGUGAUUUAGGAGAUUGUUGUUUGCAGGUACAGACAGACGAAGAGUCAGGAGAGGGGGGCUUGGUUCUUUUCAUGUUGGCUGCUCCCAUCUCAUCAAGCAUUCACACAACCUUGACCAAUCCCACAAAAUGGUUGUUCAUACACCAUCACAGGACAGAUAGAUGAACAAAAACUCCCAUUACAGGUGCUCCUAUUAGUUUUACCUUACCUACUCUUCUCUGGCCAGCUUUAUCUGUUGUGGUAAACUCAGUGGCUUGCUGCCUUUUCUUCAGCACUCGCCUUUGUCUUGCAAGUUUUGUCUUUGAGUUUCUACAUAAAGUAGCCUCUGCAUUUUCAUAAUGUGUAGAGUAGAUCAUCAGGUUUUGUUCCUUAGAGACUUAAAGGUUGAAUAAUGUGGCAUCAAAGAUGUAUAAAAUACUACAGUACUCAAAAAUCAUGGUUCAAAUCCUGGUAUAACUCCAUGUUGAAGUCAUUGUUUGGUUUAUUUUCGGUAUAGUAAGGAAAACAUAAGCAACACAAUAGUGUUUGUUGCUUCUCGAUCCACUCUGAAUUACCAGGUAACGUCUGUUUAAAUACCAGGGGCAGCUGAGUUGAAUAACUGUGUAUUUUUCCUUGUAGCAGUCAUGUUUACCUCUGUGUGGUUGCUUCUUAACAAAUUGUACGUGUUCCCAUCAACGUUCCCAUGAACAGUGUCUUUAAACUGCUUUGGUCUGGCCCACGUGUCUUUGUCUGUUUUAGAUUUCAGGGGGAAACCGUUCUGCUUGGAUUUUUUAUACUUGUCAUUCUGCUCGCAUACAGUUCGUUACACAUGUACACUGUACAGGAAGUCCUAAAAUGGUUUGGCACUAAUCGAUGUACAUUACACCCACUAAUCUAAUUCCAUGACUUGACGCACAUUACAAUGCUACAUACACAGUUUUUCUCAGGCAGUAACAUGAUUAAUGAGCAAAAAGGCAAAUACAUGAAGUUCAACUGGAACAAGGACAGUAGCUCAACAUACCAGUGCAUGUAAAUAUGCAAACUGAUUUCUUUAGCUGAAACUAGGGCUGCACGAUUAAUCGAUUUUAAAUUGUAAUCAAAUUAUUUGACUAUGACGAAGUUUGAAAAAUUAAAAUUGUCAAAUCGAUUUUCCUCUCUUAUCAUGUCUUGCGCGUCCAGGCCACCACAGGCUCCUCCUCCCUGCAAGAGCGCUCCCCAGUUCCCACACACAACAGUUUAAAAAAUCAGGGCGUUUGCAAAAAAGGCGAUAAUUUUGUGCCUAAAUAGGACAAGAGCAAGUCAGGUGCUUCGCAGUUUCGGAUGAAGAGCAAACCACCCCCCGCUGCAAAGUCUGUCUGAAGGCGGUAUCAACCUGUCGACAUGUAAACGAAUUCAAGAGUAAACACAAAAGUUUUUUUGUCACAUCAGCAUUUCAUCCACACAGACAUGGCGUUUCAGGUGACUGAAAACGGUCCUUUUUGACAAUGUGUCAGAGAGUCCAUAAAUGACUACCAUUUCAUCUCCGUGUGGAUGACUAUCUGCGUCUCUCCUGUGCAGCGUUACAGCGCCACUUACUGGCUUGGCAUAUGCCCUACAUCGUUUUUAAGUGGUUUCGUUUUGAGAGAUGAUAGAAAAACUUAUUAUUAAAGUGAAGUUUGGUAAAGUUGUCACCGAAUAAAAAAAUCCACAUUAAAAACUGAAUUUUCAGAGAUUUUCAUUCAGAUUUUCAUUUACUAUAAUUAAGGAAACAUCUGUCUGAAAAGAACACUCAGUGGUAAUGUUCAGAUGCAGCUUUGUAUUUGCUCCACAUUACUUUGAAUAAUAGGCUCUCUCCACCCAUCACUCAUCACAGUAAAUGAAAUGUUUGAAGGAUAGGAUAGAGGACAGAGUCUCUGUCUGUGUUACAGAAGAGGUGGGAGAUGAAGCAGCACUUUGGUUUUUGGUCAUUUUUUAUGCCAUAUUGCCUACCAGUGACAAGCAUAUUGUAUUGCUUUUCUGUGUGUGUGUGAUUGUAGCAAAAUUUGUAUGUUUUUUUAAACUGUUUUACUAAGAAUUUGACCAAGUAUUACCUUAGGAGCCCUUGUGAUCGAAUGAUUAACAGCCCCCCUCCCCACAUGUUUGUGUAUUAUACAAAACAGUUUGUUCUCCUGUGAUAAGCCUCCGAGAUUGACUCCAAAAAAAGGUGUAAAAACUUCCAUCUAUCCAUAAUUACCAACUUUUCCCUCUUUGAGCAUCAUCCCUCUCUCUGAGGAUUCUGAAGCAGUCCCAGCCCAGAUGGUGUAUGUAAUCCCUCUGCAGAGCCCUAGGUCUACCUUGAGGUUUCACACCAGUUGGACGUGCCCAGAAAACCUCGUAAGGGAGGCACCCAGGGGGCAUCCUAAUCAUGUUCCCAAACCCUCAAAGGAUUUUUUUCAGUGCAGAGGUGGAGUGGCUCAACUCUGAUCUUACCCCGUUUGUCUGAACUGCCCUCUCCAAGGCUGAGCCUGGCCACCCCUCACAGGAAACUCCUCAGAUGCUUGCAUCAGCAAUCGUUUGGAUCUUAUUCUGGUCUUUGAAUCUAAUUCUUUUGGUAACUACUCAAAGCUCAUGAAAUAUGACUCUUUUCAGGAGUGAAAAGAGUCAUAUUUAUCUGCCGGUACCUGCUCUGUACAUAAGAUUUAGAACAAGGAAAGUCACAUAGAAAUCUUUGUGCACAUUGAAGUCUAAUAUCAUUUAGUUUUUGUGGUUCUAGAUGUUUUAGAUAGAUUUUUAAAUAAUAUGGUGAAAAAGACAAACACAGGGGCUAUGCUGUAGAUACCAGAACAUGUUCAGUAUACUGCCAUACUCUAUACAUCAUUACUGAAUUCAUCUUAAACACAAGCUACAUCCUGUUUUAGAUCUAAUUGAAUUGAAUUUGAUUGAACUGUCAUUAAAAGUGGGGAAUUUCUUUUUUGUUAAUAAAAGAUAACAUUGUUGAUGAUUGUGAGGGAUGAUGCUGUAUGAUUGAGCCGAUGAUAUCAAAAUGCCGUUCAUUGGCUCGAUUAAUCAGCUGACUGAUUAAUCGGUCUGUCUCUGGUAUUUAGGAGAUAUGUCUUUUUUUUACCAGUGACUAGAAAGAUGUUGUAUUUGAUCAAACAUAGAUGGGCCAUCUUUGGUGCUGUGGUGAUGCAGCUCUGCUUGUACGUCCUAAAGGUUCAUUGUUACACUGAAGAGUGUUGAGUUAGAGCACUUAAACAUUGCCUAGCAGGAUGAACAACACUUUUUGUUUUCUACUUUGACAUUUUGGAGCAAGUGUCUUUGCAUGCAAAUCCAUUUUUUAUGUUCGCAUCAUCCCAUCAGCCUCUGUGCUGACACUGUUAAACUGUGUGUGUGUGCGUGUAACAGAGGAUGCAGUUCGUCUCUUUGAUGCCACCUCCUGUUAAGUCUCUCAGAGCUGUGUGCUUUUCAUUGCUCCUGUGUGGCGCUCCCACACAUGCCAUCUAAAAGCAGCAGGGAGCAGAGUCCCCCUUGCAGAGGCUGCUGCUGCCCUGUGUGUCCUCAGUAGAGAUAGCAGCACAGGUCAUUAAGAGGUGAUAUCGCUCUGGAUGCUGUUUGGCUGUUGGCCAUGUUUAAGGAUGCAGAAGAGUGCACACAAGCCAAAGGAAGGAAUCAUAAGUGAUAAAGCAUGGGUAAUGGCCAGCUCUGUCCCUACACAUAUGAAACAAUCUAAAGGUUCAUUACACUCAAAAUCCAACUGAGCAUUAAAUGAAUGACUGAUUUUUUUUCUCCUUUUAAGACAUAACUCAUAAUUGCCUCCACCCCAGCCACAUCACAGGACUGCAGCAUUUUAUACCUCCAAAGGGUGAGUGCUGAAGGGGACUCCACAGUGACAGCCAAAAUAGAAUUAUUUAUAAGCCUGGUCCUUAGAGAUUUAUGCUGACAUGUAAAACCAGAGCUCUGUUUGUUUUCUGCAUGUCUGUGUGUUUGAGUGCGCAAAGCUCAGACAUAUGCAACACAUUAUGAAUGAUUCUCUCUAUUCAGUGGCAGGCCACUAGUGUUGCCAUGGUGAUUAGUCUAAAUGAUUCUUGUCUUUUUAUUUUCCUUUACUGCUUUAGUGUUCGCCUCCUGGGGAUUACAGAGAGUAAAUGUUGGGCCUGUGGAGAGAAAGAUUUACCUCAGUGUGAUAAAGCUUUCAGCUGUGUUAGAGUCACUCAGAGACUGUAACUUGUAAAGUUUAUAUUUAUUAAACUAGCAACAAUUAGCUGUAAACGAUUGGGGAUGUAACUUCAAAAUCAGCUGUUAAUAGAAGCUGAGCGGUGUGUUUGAGUCUCACAUGCAUACCAAGGACCACGUCUGCUGGAUUUUUCAAAUGAAACAGCACAUGGUUUCCUUUCAGGGUAGUAUAACAAAUGGCUAUCUAAAUAUAUUCUACCCUGCACUAUAAAUCUAUUAGUUAAGAGUGAAUAAUGCAUCAGGAAACAGCCAUACAUCUUCUAUAAUUGUUUUAUGAGUUUAUUUUCCAGGCAGAGGCAUAUGCCUGACAAAAGCAGAACAAUAUUUUCAGUCCCUAGUGAGUAUUACAGUGCUCUGAACCUUCCUAAAUUGUGUUUCAUAUGCCAUAAGGAUGCCUUAAUUGGGCUGUUUUGGGCAGACACUGAUUGCUAAGGCAGGAAGAUAUCAACUUUUAAGGGCUUUAAUAAAAAGAUGUAGCCAGUGUUAUCUGAGAGUGUUUCGGGGCUUCUGCUGUUGUGCAUUAUGCACCUCCACACUCUUCCCACUCAGCGUCAGUUUAAAUUGUUGGAAUAAGUUGUGCUGCUACUUUGAUUUGUCACAGGAUUUAGAGAGUUUUUAAGAGGACAGUGGUUUGCUGAAAGUCAGACCUUGAAUAUCUGCACAACUUUCAGAAGCCUUAGGGGCCUGUUUGGGUAACAAACUGCUCAAUUCAGCCUGUGCUGAGCACCUUUUUGACAUUUCCCGGAGCCUGAAGAGAGCUCUUGUGUUACUUUUGAGUAACAGGGGCUUAGGGACAGAUUGGCUUUCUAUAUCGUUCUUAUCAGCUAAGUUGAAGCUCUCUUUUUUUUAAACAUUGCCCGCAAUUUUUGGAUACCUCUACAAUUUUCAACAUAAUUACUUUACACUCAAUUGUGUGGAAAAGCAUGCACUCCUAUGUGAAACAGGUUUGCACCAUAGACUGUGUAAAGAAUAGAUGCCGUCUGCCUCCUUGCCGAGUGAAGCCACUCCGAAAACAGCACACCAUCUGGUGACGGUCUGCAGUAUAGGUCAUAAAUCCCGCCUCCUCUAGCAAUCCCUAUGGAGCUGUGGACCAACUUUAGAAAUUCAAUACACAGAAUAUAAUUUUUUCUCCCCCUGGUUGCGAUGUUGACAUGUAGUUAUUGUAAGACUGGUUUGUGCUGAAAGCCUCUUUUUUUCUGUGCCGCUUCAUUUUUAAAAGUGUUAAGGGGGUUCAUGUUUUCUAUGAUUGACACUGAUACAGCCUAUGGGCGUACGAAGAUUGCGUAGUUCACCUGGGGAAUACUCCCAGCGACUCAUCCGCCAAAUGCGUACAACGUUACUGCGCAAGUGGUGGUUCCAGGAAGUGGAGAAAUCUUGGAAAGAGAGCAAUUUGGCUUCAAAUUCGUAUAAUGACGGAAGGCAGAGCCAAGUUGUCCACAGUAUAUACAGUCUAUGGUCUGCACUCAUAUUUUCAGCCUAACUCUGUGAGAAGGAAAAACAGAAAUGGGUGAAUAAAUACAUUUCAAAGAAGAUCUCUCUAAAUGUGUCACAGCAUUACACUGAAAAGACCCUUUGAAGAAAUUUUACAACACUGUGCAAAUGUGCCGCAUCAUAUCCCUACAUCCACAAAAUUGGCUUAAUUAAUCAAAUCAAUCUGUCAUUCAGCUGUACUGAUCAUCGAUUUGAUGAGAUAGAAAUAUGCUUGAUCCGUCUGUGGUCCCUCCACUUCAGAAAAGCCAUUUGACCACCUCUCCUGUUACACUCCUGUUGAAACUGGAGAGUAUUUCUAAACAUAAUACCGUCUGCCUGCUGAGCUUAAAGACUGAGACUGGAAGACUUAAGACUGGAACAAAACCAAUCAUUUCUUUCUUCAGUCAGAAGUCUCUUUUUCAGUGUGAAGGUCGUAAACCUUGAUUAGGAGCCAUGAAGCAGGAAAUUAAAGCUCCAGCUAAGAUCCUAAUUUGUUGAAUAACCCUCUGAACAUACAAACCUUCUUCCUGCAAAUCAGUUUUGCAAGAUUCAGCUGUUCUUCAAAAGCAGAUUUCCAUUUAGCAGAAACCGCUCAGCUCUGCUGGUUAAGGCAAAAUGUGGAUAUGUGGACAUGUGGACAUGUGGACAUCUGAUAGGAUGCUGCAACUGUGUCUUAAAGACAGACACCAUGUUAAUAACUUCAUCAUUUCUUUAUUGUAUCACAAACACACGGCAUCACAUCCAUUCAUUCAUUCAAUUCAAAGCUUCGUGCACCAAAGCCUCGGGUUGCCUUUGAUAAUCACUCUGCCUGUUUUACAUUUAUUGUCCAUUUGAUGGCACAGUAGAGUAAAUGAAGCACAAUAAUGAAGCUUCGGCCCAGGAGUCGAGUAAUUCGAUGGAAAGUUUCGAUGCUUCAAGAGGCUUUAUCUUGCCAUCACUAAUAUGCCGCACACAUUUAUAGGUAAAUGCACACUAUAUAAGGUAUGGUGUGGCAAAUUUAGCAGCAUUCAGUAGAAAUGAGACAAUCUAAGUAUGUUUGAAUUACUAUACAAUCUGAAUAUAGAAAAUCUCUUUGUUUCCGUUUACUUUGAUGCUUUUGAUACCCAAGAGUCCCCCCCUAAUUGAAACAUCUAUAAAACAAACUAUGAGUCCUAGCGAGUGGUAAAUCUAAUGAAUGCACACUGAUUGGACAAACGUGUGUGCCGAUUCAAGCUAAGUUUGUGCCUUCAUUUGGCUCUUGGCUAUUUAACUUAUAUCUACAGAAUCUUUUUUGUGUCAUGAUGAGCCUGAUCCUGUGGGCGAGACGGGACUUAGCUGUGUCUGAGACCAGAAUCAAAACAUUUUCGAGCCCCUCAUCCAGAGAGUCAAACAUGGAUACUGCAGACUGUCUGGGUUUGUGAAUGUCGGAGGAAAACCAGAAGCAUGCUCUGUGCAGGCAGGAAUCUGAGGACUUAAGGGAUUGUCUUUUUGUUGUGUUGCUGUGUUUGCAGGCACUUUUUCCCCCCCUCCUCUUUUUUCAAUCAAAUGACUGAGCUUCAAGAGUGAGCCUGAACAACUAAGCACAUACUCUCAAUCCAGCACUCACUCCUGAGGGGGCUGAGCAAGCUUUAUACUGCAUUUCCCCCAUCAAGUUCCUGUUUUUCGAGAAGGGACGGUUUCUAUCGAGCACUUUAAUACUUGUGCAAAAGCUCAGGGGACGAGCAGACUGACUGGCCAGGAGCCAGGAGCUACAUGUUGAAUUUUUACACUAGAAGCUCUCAAUCUAGCAGCCCUGAUUUACUGUAGACAAAGCAGUGGUUGAAUUGUUUCCUUACUUGAGUCUCUGUGGUUGUAAAAAACUUCAGAAUAUGAUGACACAGAGAAAAGAUGAGGAGGAACAUGAGACUGAAGUCUCCAGAGACAAGAUUUAUUCAGGUGGUUCGUAUUCCUGAUUUGUUUUACUUGCCCAGCAGAAAAUGUCAAUAGCUUUUGUUUUCCUCCUGUGCUGAUAUUUGAGUUUUAAGUCUUUUGCUGUUGGCCAAAAAAAACUGCCAGUUAUCAUUGGUUGGACUAGCAGGUCUGAUUAUUUUCAAUUCCUCAUAAUUUGUGUUUUAAUGUCUUCAUUCUUAGAUUCUGCCUGCUUCAAUGCAUCAGAGGAAUCAAACUUGGCACCAUAAGUGGAACUGGAGUGCAAAUAAUUGCAAAUAACUACCAUAAUGAUCUGAAGCCCGUUUUUUGUUUGCUUUUUUUUCUUUUUCUUUUUUCCCCCCUUAGAAUACAUCUAAAAAUUGUGAUAGGCUUUUAUUAGGAUUUAAGUGAGUUUCAGAGCCAAUGAGCCUAUCAGCUUCUAAGUGAGUGAAAGUCCAGUACUUCUUUUAAAAACUACUCAGAACAUCUAAAAUCAGUUACAGUAAUAUGAAUAAAUGUCAUUAUUUAGUUAUGUUAGUUAUGUUCAAAUGUAUAACCACCAAAUAUCAUUCAUUAAAGGAGAACACUUUUCACUUUCACAUUUAAUAUGUUGUCUGUGACUAUUACCAAUUAAAUACCGGCCUUGAAUGAUUAGAAAACCAUGAAAUGUUGUUUUUAUUAACAUUUUACACAGAGACACAUCUCUCCUGUUGUUGUCUUAAUCCUGAAAUUGACACUUAUCCUAGUUUUCUGUGAAGCAGCUGACUCCGUCUCUUUUUGAUCCAAAUUGGUUUGAAUGUCUGAAUAUCGGUUUGCCUGUCCAUUUCUGUACAUUUCUUUCUCAUCUCACAACUGAUUUCACAUUUUUAAAGACCACUUUGAUUCAUACAGAUACAGAGGCCCCUGUAAAAGGGUCUUCAAAAGCAAACAUCCCUCUGGUUUUUCACAUAUCUACGGUACACCCAGAUGGAAGAUGCUUGCCUGCUGUGGUGUCAGUGCUGCCCCUGGAUUUUCGGGGCACCUUUGUACAUCUUCUCUUUUCAUGUCUGCUUUAACGUCAGUCUUAGUUUUUCUUCAGGUCUUCCUGUAGAUAUUAUUUCAUCAGUUUCCCCUUUUAGAUAAAUUGCUACAUUGAAAUGGUUCCAUGCCGGGGCUUUCUUGUGACAGUCUAAUGUUGCCUGUAACUGUAGACCUUUCUACAAAGUUUCUUUUGUUGUCGCAUCUUUAUAGCUCUGCAACUUUUUCAGUUUUGCUUAGAGCUCAAAGUUGAAGCUUGCUACAUGUCAACCUUCCCCAACCCUCCCUUAUUCACAGGUUUCAUGUUUUUUAUGUUGACAGACUAUGAAAGAUAAACCAUAAUAAGUCAACUUGAAGGUGGUGACAGUGUAAGGUUACUCUGUCAUUGGACUGUUCACACAUCAUAUUGUCACACAUUUUGGGCUGUACUUGAGUUUUAAAUGUUUAAUUGGAUUUGUCUGCGUAAUUCAAAGCUUUAGACAUUUAUUCCUAAUUUUUCAGCUCAUUUCUGAACUCCCUCUAAGCUGACAGGGGUGUCAUAUUUACCUGUUUGGUGCAGGUUUUUCAGGAGUUAGCUUGUGCGACUACUUUUCCCACUAUUAACACACAAAAUCACCUUUAUUCUUUGACAUUUUAUUGAACCAGAUGAAGAGUUUUAUUCUGCUAGGUGGCCCCUGAAAGUAGGAGAACCUGUUUAAAAAGGGCCAAAAAGCACUGAUUUAAAGCUACCUCAUUUGAUUCAUAUUUUCACCCUCUGUCGUUUACAAACCCAUUUGUUUUAGGGAAGUAGAGACCUCUGGCUCAGUGUCAAGCAAAAGUCACAUCAUUCAUUAAACAGUAGGGUAACUAAUGUGGAGUCAUUUUGAGUUUAAAGCCAGUGGCUCCAGCAUUGUUAUGGGCAGAAUAGGGAUAAGUCAUGAUUUUUAAGUAUUCCCAAAGUUGUUGAUUUGUAAAAAAAAUAUAUACAUAUCAUAUAUUAAAACAUACAUGUAUUAAAAACAUACUUUUUUAUCAUAAUUUCUAUCAUGGCCUGGCUCUAAUGGGCAUCAGAUGGGGACCAUAGCCCACCUAAAAGCCUUUUUCUAGCUACCAGUUAGGGGCGUGCAAUCUGACGAUUUUAGAUUGUGCUUUGGCAGAUUGUCGUCACUAUUUAACCCUUAACAGACAUCGUAGAACUGCAACUGCAAUAGUGGAAAGAUCUGCAGAAGAAAAGGAAAAAAUACAGAAUCCGCUUCCUCUGUUUUCUUUGUCCCUCCACUCUGUCCCCCUGUUGAUAGUGAGGUCGACUAAAGAAACAAAGUUGAUGGGUUGUACUGAUGAACUCAGUCACCCUGGGCGUUGAUGAUUGGUCACCUUUUUAAGGGUCAGUCCAGCGGUCUUUCUGCAUCAUGUGGGCCACAUGGGUCAUUUGUGUAUCUUCUGGAGACUUUAAUCAAUCUAUGCAGGAUUUGGUUUACCUUUUUAAGUGUCGAGAGGAGCUUAUCUAGAAUGAAAGGCCAUGAGCAAACAGGAGAAAGAGGUUUUCUAUCAUAACAUCAUAUGAGAAGCUAAUAAAGGAGAUACAGCUUUGCUUUGAACCUUUAAAAUGAGAUGUGUCAGGUGAACCCACAGCUCUAAUGACCUAAUACCGAUUGAUACUAAGAAGAUCUUGAGCUUGCAUUGAGCUGGUUUAUUUGUUUAACUUGAAUGUGUUGAUCCAUCACCCGUAAAGUCCUUUUUUUCUGACAUUUUCUCUCAUGAACUAACAGCUUCUGAGUCCACUUUGAACUGGGCUUUGAACCCUCCCUCCUGAGUUAACUCUUUUCAUCUCCACCAGCCAUGCAGUUCUUUGCAACCGUCUGUAAAGAUCAAACCAAUCCCAGUUUGUUUGCUGCACAUAAUAAAUGUUUGGUGAGAAAAAAAAAUGUUCCAAAAACUCUUUGGGUUGAAAUCCAUGCAAGGUGCUGCUUGCAAAUUUCAGAUUUCAAAAGAAAUCCUUCUCAUUGAGUUAACAUGUGAAAGGUUAGUUUGAUGAAGGUGAAGAUGUAGGGGAUGUUUGUGCCAUGUCUGACAGCCUUUCUCUCUCUCUCUCUUUCUUCUGUUCAUGUUGCAGGUUCAACUACAGGUCGACUCACCAUCUCACCACUAAUGGCUUCUACGAGUUCCUUAACUGGUUUGACGAAAGAGCCUGGUACCCUUUGGGCAGGAUAGUCGGGGGAACGGUGAGAGCUUUUAGUGCUUCGUUGGUGUGUGAGUGCUCCUCUGUGGGAGUUGGGGAGAGAUUGCACUUUGUUUCUCAGCCCCAUUCUUUCUUUGUCCUUAUUUCUCAAGAGUCACAUUACUGAGAUAAAUCAUCACCUUAAACUCACACUCGGUUUCAUGUCUUGCACUCAGAAACACAGGCACACGUUCACACGUAGUUAGCAUGGCAGGCAGUUAAAGAGCUCCUGAGGGAGGUUGAGAGUCGAAGAGGAGAGCUAACGCGAUACAGAGAGUAGAUCUUUCUUGAACGGGUGAAAGACUGACAGAUGGAGGUCACUUCAACACGUCAUUAUGCUACAACUCAUCUCUGAACUCAUCUUCUUGUGUAUAUUUAUACCCCUCUAUCUUAGCCUGUCAUCAAAGAUGGGCAUUAGGACUACCAAUACACCCUGGAGUAUCAGUGUCUCCAGACCAGGACUGUUAAGAUGCUAAAUUAGAUUUGGGGGGGGGGUCAGUACAGCUGUUCUCUUGUCAUUAGUUCUGUUGGAGCUUUGAUCAGCUACAACAGAACUAACAGAACUCUUUAUCACGUUCCACACUUUUCUGAAUAAAUAAAAACAGUCACUGCAACUUCAGACUUUAUGGCAUGAUGUAGAAAUUCUUGGAGCUGCUGCAGCCAUGGCCAUUUAAGAUUAGAACAACCUGUUAUCUCCAAGGUCUCCGUGGUACAGUCCUGUCGUAGAAGUGUGAUGACUGAAUUAAUUUGGUGGGUUUGUGGAAGUGUACGCUGUAGAUGACUGAAUGAUUCCUUCAGCUACGAAAAUCAUUCUGACAUUGUAAAAGGUGAUUGAUCAAAGCAGUCCAUGCUAAUUGUUUCUCAAGUUCAGCUAGAACUCAGACCGGCUGCUUCUCGUACCCUGUUGAAUACUGUUGUAGUAUUCUGUUACCUCCUGAGGUCAGUGUACUUUUACCUUUUGGAUACUUCAGAUGAAGCAACCACUGUUUGUAACUGUUAUACACCAUUGUAAUGUUGAAAUUCAAUGUUUCUAACUAGUUUCUGACAUUUUGCAUGACACGUCCUUAUUUUAUCCAUCAAUCCAAUCAGUCAUCUAGACUUCCUACUCCAGCUUUUCCUGGAGUUCCAGGGCCAGUUGGGAGACAAAGUCUCUCUCCAGCAUGUCUUGGGUCGUCUCUGGGGUUUCCUACCAUUCGGAUGUGCCCUGAAGUCCUCACCAGUGAGGCAUCCAGGAGGCUUCCUGGUUCGAUGCCCAAGCCACAUCAUCUGACUCCUCUCAACACGGAGGAGUGGCAGCUCUACUCUGAGUCCCUCCUGAAUGACUGAGCUUCUCACCAUGUCUCUAGUAGGGUUGGGCAUCUUACAUAUAAGGCCGAUAUGAUACACAUCUCGAUACAAUGUCUCCAAUCCGAUACAUUUAAGAUACAUGUGUGGCAUUAUGCGAUGCAAUAUGAUGCGAUUCACACCCAAAUCACGAUACAGAGCUACUCUUUGGGCUUUGCUCAGUGGCUACCCUAUCUUCUAACUUUGUUGUGGAGGCCAGGACUCCGCUUUUCAGAGAAUAGUUUUCGGUUUGGUAUUUUAAAUUGAGGCUCCAAGACAUGAAGGAGGAGUUUGAAACCUUGGUGGAGGACCAGCCGUUUAGCGUAGUACAGGAUAAAGGCUUAGUAAAUCUGACGAAACACCUGAGUCCACGGUACAAAUUACCAAGUAGGGUGUUUCAUCAGAUUUACGAAGCCUUUAUCCUGUACUACGCUAAACGGCUGGUCCUCCAGUGCCACGAACUCCAUUAUUUUCCUAGUGGUGGCUUUGGACUUUUCAGUGCUGAUGUCGAACAUAGGAGCCACGACGGAGGGUUGUUGUGGUCGCUGCGACUCUGCUGCAUCCCUCCUCUUAGCUGCAGUGUAUUCCUUAUAUUUGCUAAACGAGCCUGGGUGCUUCUUUUCCAAGUGGCGUAUUAAGUUUGUUGUUCCAAAUGUCUUAGGCGUUGAUUGGUACAAACUACCAAGUAGGCGGUACUUUUCUGACACAGAGCUGCCAGAGUCGUUUGAGAGAGGUACUGGAGGGGUAGUCAAUAAAUUACAUUGUACCAGGCAAAUGCUGGGACGUUUUUGAAUGUUGUUUGAAUGUAAGUUAGUUAUUGACCUGUAAACUGGACUGAAUGUUAUGGUCAGUGUUGAAAAUAAAUCUGCUCAGGAGGCGCUGUUGAAACUCUCACUCUAUUUCUUAUUUGUGAGGUUUUAUUCUUGAAAAAGGGGGGUUAUGAUAGCAUUGGAGAGGGGUACUUAAAUUAAAAUUGGGAAUGGGUACUCAAGCCAAACAAAUAUGGUGUCUAUUGUAUGAUUAUAAUUAUUUCUUAGAUAGAAAAUCGGUAUCGGAAAAACCGGUUUUGGCAGGUCAGACCUCCUUUAAAACUGGAAAUCGGUAUCGGCCAAGAAUAUUGCAAUCGGUGCAUCUCUAGUUUGUAGUGUUACCUCCUGAUGUAGCAACAGUAGCACCACAGUGUCUGGCAUGCUGCCCCUCUUUGGUACCAAACUUUCUGCAGUGUCAGCUUCUGUAGCAGAAUUAGACCAUAGUGCGACAGAGUGCUGUGAUGACUUCUCUCUCUACCUGCUCUGCUUCGCUCGCUCACAAGUCAUAUGACCAGAUCAUGUGACCAGUCAAUAUCGCUGCCUUUGUGGUUAGAAAAUUGCAUUUUAUCGUAUCAUGAUAUCAUAUCACCUUAUCACAAUAUAAUCGCAAACGUUAUUAAUCAUUCAGCUGUAAUAUGUGAAGGUAGGAACGUAGAUUGACUAGUUUAUCCAGAGCUUUGCCUAUCGGCUCAGCUCCCUCUUUACCACUACAGAUCGGUGCUGUGUUUGCAGUGAUGAGGACACCCGUCCAUCUCCUGCUUCAUUUUGUAUUUUAUUCUUAUAAUUUCCCCAGCUUCAACUUCAAUAACACUGACAGAAGAGAUCUUGCAAAGCAGUCCCACAAAGCUGGCUAACAAUGUUAUCAAUCAACUCUGAGUUACCCACAGAACUUACAUGAAUGACAUGGUGUCAAGAGCAAACAUGAACAAGUCUAUGGUCAGUGGAUGGUCAUAUUUUGCAAAAUCAUAACCAACUCUGAUAUUAAAAAUUAUGACUAUUCCACAUUAUUGUGCAAUAGGGCUGAGAAUAACACGAAGUGUCCCAGUUAAAGGAGAGUCAGGAUUUGUACUGAUGUUUCAAAUAAUGCUUAAAGCCAGUAGUCAAUAGUCUGUACGGAUGGUGUUUCCAGACCCUCCUGUGAAGUCCCUCUGAAAUGUCCCUGGAACAUGUCGUACAAACUGCAUGUCAGGGAUCUUUCUCCGCAACUGUGUUAUACUCCCACGCUGCACAGACACUUUCUUUCAUAUUUGAUACAAAAUCAGAGUCUAUUUAGCAGGAGACUUCUGCCCAAUAAAAGAAAAAAACUCCUCUGAAUGAGCAGUUCAGUUCAACGACUUAAAAGGUAAAAUUGGAGGCUGCAAUGUACAGACACACACGGCUGCUGACAUUGUUGCUUGGCACUUUACCGACUGAUGUCUCCCAGCAGGUCUCUCAGCAGGGUAGAUACCAAUGCUCGCCAGUACAUUGGUGCAACCCUGAUCUCUGUUGCUUUCAUUUAUUUUUUCCAAUUGUUUGAUGACUUGGCUUUUUUCUUUAUUACAUGUUCCAAAUUUUACAUUUACACCAGAGCCCCUGUUUGUUCUCUUAGGCUGAUUUUUCUGCCCCAAAUCCAUUCUUGUUGACAGUAUAGAUUCACUGUUGUGCAGCCAUAACACUUUUAAACAUGCUGCAUGGUGAUAAUAAAAUUGCAUUAGCAAACAGAUUUAAAGUUAGGCAUAGAUAUUACAUCAGGGCGGAUUUAUUACAACAACUGUGUUAGCUUCUUUUAGUCUCUGUUGGAGCACAAUAGUAACUUUGUUUAGAAUUUUUCAGACAAAAACAGGUCAGCAAACUGAUCCCUCCUCUUCCUUGUCUUUUCAGCCAGCUCAUAGAGCUCUGUAACUCAGCAAAUUGAUCAGCAAGCUGGUUUUCCUUAUCUUGAACAUAACCUGCUAUGGAGCAGAUUAGGUGGUUAGCUUAUGUUACCAUGGUGAUCACCUCAAUAAGAAGUAAACCACCGUUGUGGGACUGAAAACUUGAGUCGGGUCUGAAGCGACUUCCACAAACUCAAACCUUGCUCUGUAGUGUGCCCCCCCGAGGUUCACUGAUUUCAUACACCCAGGUUGGAUGCACCGCAGGGGGCUGACUAGUUGAGUUAAUAGAGGACAACUUUGAGCAUUAAUGCGUCAAGCAUUGUAUUUUAUGAUAAAUAAAAACGAAAUCCAACCUCAUUUCAUUAGAAAAGUUCAGUUUGGGAACAAAACUUAAAGUCUUCGACCUCCACAGAUGGCGUUCGCUGCUCUCAGUUGGACAUCACUCUGAUUAGAGGUGACAUGAACUGAGGCACAAAAGUGAUGUUCUGAGUUACUUUAACAAACUAGUCCAAACAAAUGGGCUGUCUGUGUGGUUCUUGAGUGUUGUGAAAUAUCAAAAACUCUAAAAACCCAAAUGUGAACAAAUGUUCUAGUUUCAAGUUUUUCACCCAAGUUUAACAUUGAUUCAAAGAGAACUCAUACCUUUUUUUAUUUCUGCAAAAACAAGUGGACCUGGUUUUAUUCUGUGUUGAUAAGUUAGCUUUCAACAGAGCUUUGGCAUUCAAGGUAGUAACCAGGCUUGUUCAAGCCCGAUAUCUAACAAUGACCUGAAAUAUAAUAUUACAACACAAAAAAAAAGAAAUAAAGCACAAAAUGUAAUAAGAAAUGUACUGAAACCCUUAAUGCAAUAACUGACCCAAAAUGUAAAAACUUACUACUAUUUGGCAAAAAGUGAUUACGUUUUGGGCUCAGCAUUAUUGACCAGUUAUUACAUUUGGGGUUUUGUUACUUUUUUUUUUUUUAUAAAAUUUUGGUUACAAAUUGGGCUGUAACAAGGCUGUAUUAUCUGUACAGCAUCUGUGUGAACCUAUCAAACAGUCAGAUAAAGUAUUUCACAGCUUAAGAAGUGCAAAUAGAGGAUGAAGCGAUGACUGAUGAUGAUGAAAUAUCUUUCUCUUUUAAAUAUUUUUCCUCUUUUCUCUCACUGACUCAAAGUGAUUUGAUAUUUUUCUGACAUCUUUAGAUAAUUUAGGUUCAUAUUGCCUGUCUGGAGAAGGUCUUAAAAAUAUCUACUCUUCUCUCCUCAGGUGUACCCAGGCCUGAUGGUCACUGCUGGCCUCAUCCACUAUGUGCUGAACCUUCUGCACAUCUCUGUCCACAUCAGGGACGUUUGUGUGUUCCUGGCUCCAGUGUUCAGCGGCCUGACCUCCAUCUCCACAUUUCUGCUCACCAGGGAGCUUUGGAACCAAGGGGCGGGGCUUCUCGCUGCCUGCUUCAUUGCCAUUGUCCCUGGUUACAUCUCCCGCUCUGUGGCUGGCUCCUUCGACAACGAAGGCAUCGCCAUUUUUGCCCUGCAGUUCACCUACUAUCUUUGGGUAAGACCAUACAUUUAUAUAUUUUUAACCAUAGGCUGGAAUACCAAACUCUAAUUAAUCAGACAAUUGUGCAAUUUAUAAGGCUGGUAAUUUUAACUUAUAUUUAGGAAUCUGGCGGGCAUGACAACAUAGUGGAGCCUUUAGCUGCUAGGAAAGCCAAAUAAUUUUACCAAGAGCUGAACCAAAGCUGAAAAAAUCUGAAAACUAUUUGACUGUCAGAGACAAAACACAGCUCCCAGAAAAACAGAUGUUGUUUUGUAUCCUCUGCAUGUGUAGGCAGCUCUUGGCGACUGUGUUGGCCAACAACAUUUUCUGAUUAUGUAGACGUACAGCGUGUUUUGUUAAAAUAUCAGUUUUUUUAAAUUCAACUGGGUUUUUUUUUGUUUGUUUGUUUCUGCUGCCGCAGUUAAUCUGCUGCACCCUUCUGGAGAAUUGGUUGUGGUUAAUGUUAGGAGGAAGUACAACAAGUGCUCUUCUGGGAACACAGGAUGUCAAGAGGUGUUGUGGCCUCACAGCCACCAUCUUGUUUAUCGGUGUGUUUAAGGUCUUUAUUUCCAUUAGGAUUUUAGUGUUGUUUUCACAUAUCAAGGUCCCUUACCCAGCUGAAUAAACAACAGAGUGCAUUUUUGGAGUUGAAGAUGAUGUUUGAAAGCAGAAGGAGCCCUAGACAUAGGAGUUUCAAAGGUCAAAAAGAUUAUUUCGCUCAUCCUCUUCUGAUGGGUCUUUGGGGGCUGUCUACUACUUGGUGUCACUAGCAGCUUAAAGCCUUAUUUCAGCUUAAAUCUGUGGUUCAAAAGCACAGUGACACGUCUUGAAACAGUAAAGAAGUGCAUGGCAGGGAAAGGUGAACUCACCUGUUAAAAACAGGUACUCAUGAGUAAAACAUUAGGGGGGAAGGUGAACUUGAAAAGCUGUAAAGAAUAGUAAAGACUCCCAUCAGAUGACAGCAUUAGACUUAAUGUUCAGUCUCUCUUUUCUCUUAAGUGAGACUCUACUGUCUGCCAUUACAGAUUAGUGAUGCUCUGAAACAACUGAUCCAACUGUAUACUGACCCACUAGCCUGAUGGUAAAAAAAAAGAAAAAAAAAAAAAAAAAAAGAUGAGCAUGGCUAAUCUUGGUCUCUCAAAACAAUAACAAACCGUUUUUCCUGGGGCUACCUCUAUCUGAGCUAGCACCACCAGCAUUUGGUCCUCCUUUCAGAUUAACAUCCUCAUACCUGUGCUGCCCAAGUCUAGUGGAUAUAUUCAAGUUUAACCAGACACAGCCUACAUACAGCCACAUGUCAUCCGUGUCUAUUAGAAUUGUUGACAGUCAUGAACCGGACCUACAGCCCCGGCUAGUGGUAGGUUUCAGGCCUACACUAACAAAAUACUACUACUAUAACCACUAUUACUACAGGUAAACCAUUUUGUAAGCAUUGGUACCCUCUCAAUUUAUCCAUCACCCUGAUCCUCUGUGGUUUUUGUGUGAAGCUAUAUGGGCUAAUGUUAUUCUUAGUGAACAUAAUUCAGCAUGGCGUUUCACGCUUACCUCCGAGAUUAAAGCAGGGUUCAGGUAUUAAGAUGCGAAGCCCUGGAGUCUCUGUUAACUGGAGCCGUGGAUAGAGGGGAACAGUCCAGCAUGAUUGAAAGAUGAAGAUAAGACUUUGUUUUCAGGCUCCGGAUCAUAAAUUUGAAAACCAAUAGUGAAUAAGUCAAACUCAAAUGUAGACACAGAGGAUUUACAGCUGUAACUUUGUGAUAUAUGCGCUGACAGGUAAAUGGGAUGUCUUUGAUAGUAUGGAUAAAAAACACCUUGCCUACCAGCUCUAACUUGGCUCUUUCAGUAGCUGUAUUUCAUUGGCGCUGUUCCUCUAUUUACUCACUUAGUCAGUAGCAGUCAGCGUUCUCUGGCCUUUUUGGGCCCUUGUUAGCAGCUCUCACGUACUGCUGUGGGGAAGGUACAGAUGUGUAGGACACAAUGCUCUGCUUUGUAUAGGUUAUUAAGGAGGGGAAUAUGCUGAAUAAUUCAGACAGUCCUUUUUGGUGAGCAGUAGCAACAGCAGAGCAAAUGCCCACAGACAGAUUGUGAACAAAGCAGUAUAAUGGUAGCAGCGGAUGUGGAUUAGACUGUGUGUGUAUGUGUGUUUGCGUGUGAUUUUUUUAAAUGCUGGUCUUUGUCAACUGCAGGUGAAGUCAGUGAAGACGGGAUCAGUCUUCUGGACCAUCGGAUGCUGCCUGUCCUAUUUUUACAUGGUAAGAGCACACAAUCUUCAGACUUGUCUUCUAUUUGGAUACAUUUGUCCAGAUACAGUAACACUUUAUAUCAAAGUGCUUGUCAAAAAGCAUUAAUUAAGCAUUAAUAAGCCACUAAGAAGAGUUUAUGAGAUGCUUAUAGACAUGUAUACAACUCAAUAAGUCAUUAAUUAAUUAGCUUAUGUAUUGCUUAUUAUACACUUAUAGGCUCUCAUAGGGCUCUCUAAAGCUUUCUCAUUUCCAUCCAUCCAUCCUCUACUGCUUCUCUUUUUCUCAUCUUCUUUUAUUUACUGAGGUAGCAGCCUAAGCAGGGAACCCCAGACUUCUCUCUCCCUAACCAUUUCAUCCAGCUCUACCCACAGCUCGUCACCAUAGGUGUGGGUAGGAAUGUUGAUAUCAAGAGCUUUGCCUUUUAGCUCAGCUCCCUCUUUACAACUACAAAUCCGUACAGUGUCCGCAUCACUGCUGACACUGCAUCAAUCCACCCGUCAAUCUUCCGCUCCCAACCUCUUCCCCCUACCCGGAAAGGGCGCUCCACCUUUUUCCAUCUGAGAACCAUUGACUCAUAUUUAGAGGUGCUGAUUCUCAUCCCAGCUGCUUCACACUUGAUUGUAAACCAAUCUGGUGGGAGCUGGAGGUCACAGCCGAUGAAGCCAACAGGACCACAUCAACUGCAAAAAGCAGUGACCCAAUCCCGAGACCAUCAAACCACACACCCCCAACCCCCAGAAAUUCCGAACAGAAUGAAAUUUAUGAACAGGAUUGGUGACAAAGGGAUGCUCUGGUAGAGUCCAACCCUCACUGAAAAGAGUCCAACUUACUACUCACUAUGUAGACAAAGCUCUGGCACCGGUCGUACAGGGAAUGAACAACCCUUAUCAGGGUGUCUGAUACUCCAUACCCCCCGGAGCCCCCGCACAAGACUUGCUGAGAAACACAGUCGAAUGCCCUUUCCAAUUCCACAAAGCACAUGUAGACUGGCUCCUUAAGUUAUCAUUUUUAAUUAAUACUUAUUACAAGGACCUUGAUAUAAAGUGAUACCUAUUAAAUUCUUUGUGCUUGUAUAAGAUCUCUGUCUAUGAUAAAUGAAUACCUGCAGCAUCAAAAAUGCUUUGCAGCAGGUUAUCAGAAAAUCCGUUUACACAUUAUAUCCUCCCCUCUAUUGACGCAGUGAUUGACGAGCAAUGUCUGAUUUUAACUGCUGUAAAAAUGCGUGUGCAGCUUGGUUGCAGCAGGUGUUUGUGCAAAAAACUUUUGAUUAAGAAGCUGUCAUGAAAAACCCUCAUCCACACUUCAUGCAUCAUCUGUUGUGACAAGGUAAUAUCAAGUGAAAUAUUUCAAUUGUGAGCUUAUAAAUAAAGUCAGAGGACCAGACACAUAGAAACAGAGAGAAACAGAAGACGCAGGACUAGGACACGCUUGUUCGUUAAAAAGGAGGAAAGUUACAGUAGAUGUGGUAAAGAAUAUCCGAACUGACAAAAUCAGAAAGUAAGGUGAGCAAAUUCAAGGUGCUUGAACACGCAAUGAAACAUGUUGGGGGACCGUGCACAUUUAAUAAACUGACCUAAUGAGAGAAGAGAUAGUUGGCAUAAUGUUUAAAAUAUCUGAAUGAGAGCACCCUCAAAAGGCAACAGCAACACCAAUGUGGCAGGGAGGUCAGAUUCAGGGGAUUGAAUUUUGUUUGGCAUUCAAGCACAGAGCCUUGCUUAAGCCUCCAACUUCAAGUGGAUGUUCAUUAUUGGAUUGUCCAAAAAUAAUUCUAUGUAUUCAACAAUAUACCAGCCCCCCAGAUACACUUUGGUGCAAGAAUCCAAAUGGAUGCAACGCUGUGAUGGCAAUAAUGGAAAAAACAUUGUCGAUUAAGGCAAUAGGUGCCAGUAGGAACUGAAUCCCAUCUCACAUUUAACAAAAUCAGCAGCAAACCCACUACUAGCAAAAAUAAAAGGGACCAUUUGGGGAAAACACUGCAGCAUCCAGCAAACUCAUGUCCACAUAUGAUGAGACACUGCUCUGAUGAGCUGCUACCAACAACAGAAGGACCUGCUACACAACGUGCUGUCCCAGCAAACACUGAAUGAAGCUUCUGACUCUAAAUCUCCCUCAACUGUCUGGGAUUACAAAUACACUUAAACACUUUCUUUGAAAAGACUUGAACACAUAGCAUUGCUUAUAAAGGCCUCAGACAGCUGCUUGUUUCAGGUUGGCUCAUUACAUGGACUGAGGUGCAUCUGCUGUAGGCAGAUGUGAAGCAAAAACACACCACAUUUUAUGUGUUCACACACUAUAUAAGCCAUUAUUCAUCUGUGAUCAGUUCAUGUCACCCAGAUCUACACCCCGUAUAUACCUGUAAAAAUGGUCUUGUCUUUAAACCACAUGCACUCAGAGUCACAGAGACACGCUCAAAUCCAAAGCACUCAUGUGUCCUUUAAAACACAGCCUUUCUUGUUUAAUGUCAAAAUACUUCUGAUGCUGUAAAAAAAUUGUGCAUAGAGUACUAAUGUCAUUGAGAACCACAUAUUUUUGAUAGUUUUGGAACAAUUUACAUUUAUUUAAUUACAACCAUACUCAACACAUGCUAACUGCAACACUUAUAAGGAGGGAAAGUUAACCUUUGCAACUUUAAACACAUCCUGUUUGAAGAUGUAGAGAGAUCAGAAGACAGAGGGUGGGAGGAAAGCAUCUGUGAGGAAAGCGCAGGUGUGUGUGUGUGUGUGUGUGCGUGCGUGCGUGCGUGAGAAAUAGGCUAGUUUGGGAAAACUGUUAGUGUGUAACUCAGAUCUAUAUUAUAGAAAAGGGGUGAUGUAGUUUGCCUGCCUGCAGUGCUGUGCCUCUUUUAUGACUGAUAUGUGCAAUAAUAUGUGGUUUUGAUAAAUGAAAGAUAAAUCUUUAAAAUUCUUGAUAGGUCUCGUUUAAAGCUGAAACGUCCUUUAACCAUAAUACAUGAUGUUUUGUAAGGCUGUGCAUUUUUUCACUCACAGACACAGAGGUCAAAGCAGUUUCUAAACUAAGUGCAGGGCUGAAUAAUAAAGUAGAUGGUAAAUAAAGUAGAGCAGCAAAAGUACCAUACAUCUGACACAUAGAGGCACUGCAAUUUCAAUGCCAUGCCACCCCUCUGCUGACAGCCUGGCGCUGAACAUCUGUGGAUGAUCAUCAAAGUGUGUUUGCCUUAGAACACUGAAAGCUAUUUCCAUCUUUCUGGGGACCUUUUCCCUUAGCCCCUUAACAUCCAGCGUGACUGAUGAAUCAAACAGCUCGUGCUGUAAACAGUGGAGCCUCUACUCUGCCAGCUGCUUAUGACCUGGGAGUUCAGGACACUUGGAGACAAUGAGUACAGAGUCAGUGAAGAGUGGAUGUGUGUUUGUUGUCUGAGCAUCUGCAGAUCUGUGUGUACAUGUAUGUCUGAGUGUGUACGCAUUUGGGGGUUUAGGGACCAAGAACAUUAUCUAAACAGCAGUGUGAAGGCUCAGCUCUUAAUGAUUUCACAGCUCUCAGGUGGGCUCUACAUCCCCCCUCUUAUUGCUACCCAUCAAAGUGUGUGUGUGUGUGUGUGUGUGUGUGUGUGUGUGUGUGUGUGUGUGUGUGUGUGUGUGUGUGUGUGUGUGUGUGUGUGUGUGUGUGUGCGUGUGUGCGUGCGUGUGCUUGUGCGUGCGUGCGUGUGCUUGUGCGACUACAAGGACUGAAAAGCUUGUUAGAGUACUGACUAUCUACUGCAGCUGAAAGAAUUGCUUGGGCUCAGAAGAGAUCAUAUUCCCAUCAUAACAAAAAGCAGUUAACCAACUGUGUGUGUCACUGGGAGGCUUUUCUGUGCACACACUUCCAUUGUUCAAACAGUUACACCUCCUUUAAUGAUAACUAUUGAACAAACUUUAACUUACAGCAGGAAGAAAAUGCUCUUGUUUCAGGAAGUGUAUUUCUGUUUCUCUUGCAGGUUUCAGCUUGGGGUGGUUACGUGUUCAUCAUCAACCUGAUUCCCCUGCAUGUGUUUGUCCUGCUCCUCAUGCAGCGCUUCAGUAGGAGAGUAUAUAUUGGUGAGCUACAGCACACACACACACACACACACACACACACACACACACGCUUACAUAGACAUACAACAACAUGAUCAGAGGAAUUCGGCUUUUACAAUAAUGCUCACAGGUUAUUGAUUAUUUCUUGUUCAGGGUAAACAAACAUUAAAGGCAUCACAACAGAUACACAGAGUGGGGGAAAAGAAUAUUUCAACUGGUAAUAGUGUUGGGAGGUAUGACGCAGUGGCGGCCGGUAUAUAAGGGCGCUGCGGGCGGAGCCCCGCCUGAGCUGCGUGAGCGAUGUCUGCUGUCUCCCUGAAAAUGAUUCUCAAAGUAAGGAAAUGGUGGUCUGUAGCAGGAAAGCCAGACCGCAUCUGUUUGGAUGCGUUUCCAUACAUUCUCCAGCGUGUCAUGGGAGUUUGUUCCCAUCAUUUGAUUGGUCAGGUUUGGGUGCGCUCCCUAUAAUCACCAGCGUGUCCGGCAGACUGCUUGGCAUAGUUUCGACGAAGAGGAAACAGCUUCACUGGUGGUGGUCAUGGCGAACGCAGAGAUUAGUGGCAGUACAGAGCAAACAGAGGCAGCCCGACCCACCCAACGUGAGGAAGAAGAGGAGGAACAUGUUCCGAAAAAGGGUGCGAGUCACGACAUUGGUUGUCUGGAGAUUCUUCAGAUUUAGAAAAUCCAACAAUGAUCAAAAAACAAUACCAUGCAAAGAGUGUUGUUUGGCUUUCAUUGCUGGAGUAGGAAACACCAGCAACCUCUUUCACCACCUAAAGAUGAAACACGCCAAGCUCCAUUAUGAGAGCCAAAAGAUGCGUGGCGCACACGCCACAUCAAAAACUAAAACUGUGGCAGCUCCUUUCAUACAAAAGAGCUCAGCAGAGUCUAGAAUUUUGUUUGCAUUUGUAUAUAAAUCAGAGUUUAAUAAUAAAAGGAAAAUGAACAAAUGCGACAGUAUGUUCUUUUUUAACCACUAAUUGAAUUUUCAGGGAAAAAACAUACUAUGAUAUCUACGGUUACCAUGAUAUGAAAUUACUCAUAACAUGAUAUAAGAUUUUGUUCAUACCACCCAACACUAACUUGUAGUAGUGUGUAGCUACUGGCCCUACCCACUGGUAAUUCCCACUCCAGCUCCAUGAACAAAGCUGUAUGUUCUCUACUGUAAAAAGACUUUGAUAUGGUAGUACUGCAGAAAGGAGCUCAUCAUUCUUUAUUUUCACCAUUUAUGUACCUCAGACUGAUAAUAAUACCACGCAGGAGCAGUUAAUGAGACAAAUACCAGUUUCAAACCGAUUCACUGCAGAAAGGUAGACAGGCUUUGUCAUCACAGUGUAACAGAAAGAAGGAGGAAAUGCUGGCAGGGGGAAAAAGAAAGGAAAAAAAGAUGAAAGCUUUCUUCUCUUCAAAGAGCUUGCCUGGUCGCACACCCUGAACUCUCCUCACUGACUAAGAAUAAAGUCCUGACCCCAGGCUCACAGCACCCUACUGACACCACAGCACUGUGCUACAGUGAUUUCAUAACCAAAUCAGUAACUCAUACACACACACACAAACACACACUAUCGGGUCAUAAUGCUGCAGAAAUAACGACAUAUCAGCACCAACAAAGUCCACAAAUGGGUGAGGUUAACUUGACAAAGAAGGUGCUGAACAUGUGAUGGAAAAGAAACUGAACUGAGGACUGAGAGAAGGUGGGAAAUGCCAUGAGGUGACUGGAGGAUUCUUCUACAGGAUUAUCAGAAAAAUGAAUAAUUUAGCAUCAAGCUGACUUUCCUAUACACCUUUCACGCUCUACUACUUCCUUCACCCAGCCUCCCACCUCCCCUCCCCUCCCCUCCCCUCCUGUGUGUCUCUCUGAAGACCAGCUGCAGCAACACAGUACUUUCAAAGUUGUAAUAACUCACUGUGGUGCAAACCUGUGCUCAGGAGUCCAGCCCCUUACCUGCUGUCACACACCGGCCCCCCAUUUACUAAGUCCUCCCAGGCUAAUGAAGCAUAAAUACCAAGAUGUAAUUGAACUGAAAUUUCAUUUUCUCAUCAGCAGCAUCUGGUCUGUAGUGAAACACGAAACCCAGAAUAGAAACUACACAUUGAUGCUUGGCUCUCCAAUCAGACAUCAGCUGGGCUUUUGGUUUCUGAUACCAUCAUAUUACUCCGCAGUUGGAGACCUGCGGCUAUUUGCCACUUGCUGCUCUUAUACAGUAAGAUAAUUCGAGGCUCUGAUCCAUAACAGAUCUGUGCUGCCAGGCUCCCUAUAACCGGGCCAAAUAAUCUGAUUAGAGAGAAAACAGAACCAGUUUUAAGUUUGCAUUGAGCUUCAGCAGAAAAGAUCUGACCGCAGAUUAAGAGUGCCAGCAUUAAAACAGCUUUCAUGUUUUUGCAACAAAAUAAGUAGCCACAAACUAACACAGAGCAGCUGUUGCCUUGGUAGAAAACUUUUUAAUCUUUAUCCAAUCACAUUCCAUCCGAAACUUUUAUAUCUUUUUACUUCAUGAUACUAAGAGUUGACACGUUCAGCUCAAAUAAGAGCCUCUUUACACACUAAAAGCUAAGGGACAUCAACACCUGGAAUUAAGUUUCAUUGAUAAUAUCUUUGAACCGCUGUUAAUUGUUGUUAAAACUAGAAGUUAAAUAAUAUUGAUACUGAUACUGAUGAUGAUAUUUGCAGAUCUGGUCUGUUGGUGCGGAAUAUUUAAUGCCAAUAUUACCUUGUUGUUGUUAUUAGGUUGUAUAACAUAUGACAGUUUCAUCAUUAUUAAAGCCAUUGUGUCAUGCACAUCAACAUCUACUACCUAAGGUUAUCUUGACCUGAAACAUAUGACAACAGCUACAGUGUGCUGCUGUAGAUGUUGGAAUAUGACCAUGUUAAACUCAGUGUCAAAUCUUUAAACCAGAUUUAAACACCAGAUACAGGACUCCAGUCUUAUGACAUCUAACAUGUUUCACUUUUUCUUUGGUUAAUUUACAGUAAAAGUGCAAGGGAUUCCAGUUUAUUACUGCUCAAUUAAUUGGCUGCAGUUCAGGCAGUCUGUCACAUGAUUUCAAAACUUGAGCUGCAGUCACAGAUAUUCUAACACACAGUGUUGAAGACAGCAACAGAAAUAUACCCCAGAUACUCUGACUAACAUGCAACCCUAGCCAGGGAGAAGUUCCAGUUUAGAAAAGGAAAUAAUACACAAAGUAUGACAGUUCAUGUUUGUUCCUCAGAGUUAAACUGCUUUCAUAUGAAUGAACCAGCAAAAUUAUCAAAUGAUUAAACUACAUGUAUUUGUAUGACCUUCACCACCAGCUGGGCAGUCUUUAGGAAUGAUGGCUUGUUUCACAGAAUAAUGUGUUUAGGGAAACUUUGGUUUCUAAAGUGUUGAGGAGUUUUUGUGACCAUUUUUUGUUCAGAAAUCCACCAUCUUUUGGUGCUAAAGGGUUGAGUUAGACCGAAUGAUCAGGCCAGUUCAUGGAAUUUUGACAUGAUCAGCCCUCACACGGCCAAUAUCAAUAUGUUUUCUAAAAGACAUUCUUCCUAAUCCCCAAUGACAGCCAAUCAAAUUGAAAACAGUCACUGGCUUCUGUUAUAAUGUGGAGAAUAAUACAUAUAAUACUGUUUUUUACAUAGAUACAAGUCAUGCUUUGAAAUCUAGAGCAUAACCCAAUGUAUUGUAUGAUCAUUAUCAGUAUUAGCAUCAGCCAUUAAAAACUGUAAUCAGCUGACCACUUAAGGGCGAUAGCCAUCUUUAACCAUCGGAGCAAAUACUGUAUGACAGCACUUUGACAAAGUGAAAUAUUAGAAGUUUUACUUGAAGUUUUGACUUGAAUAUAUAACUGUGCAGCAUAUUUGAAUGAGCACUGAGAGCAUCAGAGAAAAAGAGUUAAUGUAGCAGACAGAGUCUCUCAAAGAUGAUAAACUAUCUCUCCAUCAUGUUUGUGGCUUAGGCUGGGUCUGCUGUACUUUUUUCUUUUUGCUCUGCCAGACUUAAUAAUGCCAUCCUCAUCAGAGAGCAGAUAGAGGAGCGACUGAGUCAGCAACAGAGCAGCCAUGGGUCUGAUCUUUCAAUUGUAAAUAUACCAGUCUGCUCUGUGGGCCUUCAUGAGUGCUCCUUCUGAGAGACUGGAGAGGAAGCAGUAUUAAUGUGCUGAUUCUGGCUGAAACAGUCAUUUCUCAAAGUUUCCCUUUGGUGUGUUUUCAAGGCCAUGAGAUAAUCAUGGUACUGACUAAUAUGAAUGGAUAGUGUUUGUCUGAUUGAACAGCAACCUGUUUUGACACUGAGACACACAUCUUUUGAGGAAACUCAAAGUGUGUCUUAGUCAAGUCUACUUGUAACACAGCAGCAGAGAGAGCUGAGGUUAGAUUUUUUUAAAACUUAAAUUAAAUCUAAUAAAUUGAUUAUAAAUGAAAGUUUUCCCUUUUUGAAUUCAUUGAUGAAAACUGUGAAGCAGUUUUCAAACACAGUCACGACACUGCAAUGACUCCUCUGUCUAUUUCAAAGACUGCUGUUCUCAAAUGCUGUCGGUGUAAAUAACUGUCUAGGUUUCCUGCUUUGGUCCCCUUGUAUGUAAUGAUACUCUGCAGCUUUAGAGAACAAACUCCUUUAUUCCAGUGGCCGUGCUGCAGCAGUAUUUGAUCAGUUCACUCUGUUCAGGAGCUUUUUCUCACUGAAGCGUUGUCUCUCUCUUUCUGACCCCUGAGGGCUUGUUGGAAACACUCCUCAGGUUUAGUUGCAGUGUUCACAGAGUUGAUGUUCUCACUGUGCUGCUGGCUCCCUGAGUGUGUGAAUGGUUUGAACUCUAAAGAGUAAUCGUUCCUAGACUGUCAGUCCUCAUUUAAGCUUAUCGGGUGUUUUGUUCAUGUGAGCUGUCUCAAGGACUUCCAGAUGUUUCGUUUCUUGGGGACUGGGGAAUAGAUGCUGAAAUGCAGUGUUCAUUCAUUUCUGACCUCAGGUUCAAUCUAGUAACGGUUUAAAAAUAAUCACCAUGAUCAGGAAACACAUUUUGAUCAUUUUUCUAGUCUUCCUGCUAAAAUUUAGUCCAACUUUUGACAGACUUGAAUUGAUUAAUGUGUGUCUGAUCCAUUUCCUUCGAUCCGUGUGGGCAAUAGCUUGACUUUAAUACCUGCAGAAUGAUAUGUUUGGAAAUUCAUAUUGUAGGGAACAUGAAAACAAAAACUCUGUUUCAGUUUGUCUCUUUCUUCUUAUUUUAACUGGUUAUUUCUCCCUACAGCCUACAGCACCUUCUACAUCAUUGGCCUGGUCCUGUCCAUGCAGAUUCCUUUUGUGGGUUUCCAACCCAUCAGAACCAGUGAACACAUGGCUGCAGCAGGUCAGUAACCACCUGUAACCUGUGGUCCCAGAGUGUGUGCAGGAAGUGCAUCGGAAACCUUUAAUAUGGAUUGAAUGAGAACUUAAGAACUUGGAUGCAAAACAUUAAUACACAUGCACAUGCACCUGCGAUCUGUUCCACUCAAGCCCUCACAUAUGAAUUUCAUGCAUGUGUGCCAGUAUUGUUUAUGAUUGUCUUAAAUGUAUUGACCAUAUGAUUAUGAUCAAUGUUAGAGUUCAGUCAGGGUGUGAACUGUGGAAAAAGCAGCUCGGCCAACCUGAGCUUUGAGCCAUGAAGAGAGUCUCUGUGGAGAAUGGUCAAAAAUGAAUCUCAGUAGCUCCAAAGAGACACCCACUCCCAUUCAGCUGAGAAAAGAGUGUCACAGAGUAAUGAACCUGCUCUUCACCUGAUAAAUGUCAUGUCCUGGUGAGGUGGACACUUGUGUCAGUUCUUCCUAACCAACAUGAGUGAACACCUUCCAAUAGCAGUGAAGGGGCAUGAGAGUGUAGUGCACACACAAAUCCCACAGGGUUGGAAAAAGAAAAGAAGACAGGAGUCAGAAUUGAUGCUCAAAUUAAAAUCUAAAAUUGUUUGUGGUCGAUUUUAGCAGCAGAAAAGCGUAGUAGCUCGUUUAUUACAAUAAUUAUAAUAACUUUAUUUAUAUAGCACCUUUAAAAACAGAAGUUUACAAAGUGCUUUACAGAUAAAACAAACAAAGGCAGAAACAUGGAGAACUUGAUGGAUGAUAAGUGAACAUUCAAGUCAAACUAAGGCAAAUGAAAAGGCACGGCAAGGCAAGUAGAGAUGGCAGUUGGUGAUUAAAAUGGGUGAUUAUAUUAUGUUUAUUAAUCCCACCAACAGAUACUUUGUAUAAUAUCAGAAAGUGCUGUCAUAAGAAAAUGUUUCCCAUCAGAUGAAGUAAAAUGAAAUAGUUCCGUCUCUUGAGAGAAAGACAGAGCAGAGACAGAAAAGAAAUGUUGACCGUAUUUCAUUCUUACUCCUUAAAGAUGGGGUUAGACAUUUUGGUUUUCCAGAAGAUUUCACUGUAAAAUAAUGGAACGUACUUUUGUAUAAAGGAAGGACUUCAUUCAUACAAACAGCUUUUUUCACAUAAGAACUUAAGUCAUAUUUGUCCUUUCAAACUUUUUUCUGGACGCAAGAAAACAGCAAUCAGAAAAUAGAAGAGAGAUAAUGAUUCAGGUGAUCUUCCAAGUCCUUGUUGAUGUGAAGCUGCCAUUUGUCUUCUCUGUGUCGUGUUCCCGCAGGUGUGUUUGUGCUGCUCCAGGUCUACGCUUUCCUGCAGUACCUGAAGGACAGGCUGACCAAGCAGGAGUUCCAGACUCUCUUCUUCUUGGGAGUCUCUGUGGCUGCUGGGGUGGUUUUUCUCUCUGUCAUCUACCUUACAUACACAGGUUGGUUUUUAUUGAUCUGGAAUAAGUGAGCCAACAGAGAAAUCUCCUGUACUUUUCUUCGCAGCAGGAAGGAAAACUCAUUUGGACUGGAAACAUAAUUAGAUUACAGGUUGUGUGGGUGUGUUACAAAUCUGGAUAUGCAAACUCUUCAGUUUCAUUAGCUGCACACUGAAAUAAAAAAGUGAAAGAACUCUGACCUACGAUGCAAGAUCAGCAUCAACAAAACAGGCUGGCAACAGCUCCUUUUGGAGGCUUUUCAAACAGCCUGUGUUUGUCUGAAGUGUUUGGUUUGAGAAGCUUUGCCCAAGAGGUCAGGUAGUAGUGGGUGAGAUGAAGUCUUUUAGAGAUGAUAGUUUUUAACCAUAACCUUUUUUUGUGAUUUACCAAGAAGAAUUGCUGUGCAUGUUUGUUUGGAGAGGAUGAACGUCUGUUAAGAUUAUCAUUUUGAGAGUUGGUUUGAGAUGUGUACAGACCUUCACAGUGCUGCUUCUGCUUUGUCCCUUCUCAAUUGACAAUAUCAGUGGAUGUAUUUGAAAGAAGAUUUGAGUUGUACAGCUUUGAUUGGUGAAAUCGGAGUGAAACCUUGAGAUGCUCCUCACAAAGCAGCAGCAGCUUGCCGUCAGCUGUCCUCCGAGGUUAUGUGUAUCAUCUGCGUAUGAUGGGUUCCCUUCUGGCUACCUUACACAGCUGAUUACUUUCUGUGUCCUCAUUCCUCAUCACAACAAUGCACACUUACCAAAGGGUAAUGAUAUCAUCCACAUAUGCAGCAGGACUGAUGCCAAAUAAUCCUGUGUUCCACCUGAGUGCGGCAGGACUCACAGAUUAGUCAGGGUUUACACUGCACUUCUGGUUUUGGACGUGUGUUUGUUUAAUGGGACUUGUAGGUACAUACUGAGUCCAUAUGUUUUUGUGUGUGUUUCACCCUCAGGGUACAUUGCUCCAUGGAGUGGACGCUUCUACUCCCUCUGGGAUACAGGGUAAGUCCUCUCAGUUCAACAUGUUCUUCUAAGUUGGAUUGAAAACAGCUGACUCGUGGGGUUCAAAUGAAUCUAAGGCCAUGUUCCGACUGCAGUCAAAGGUGAUCCAGGUCCUCUGUUUUAGCUCACAUGACUCAAAUCUGAUCUUUUAAUGUCAGUGUGAACAGCACAAGUCCCAGUAGACCUGCUUCUAUUAGUGGUACCAAACCAGUUACAGAUCGGAUCUUUUGCAGACCACAGUCUGAACCGACAGGCAGGUAUGAAUACAACUUUGACAUCAUUCAUGAUGGACACACCCCAGCAGGGGGGUAGGGGUCACUUAGGCUCCAUCCAAAUGUCUGUAGAGGGACAGUGAGGUUUUGGCCAUUUCAAGUAUUCAGGGUGACACUUAAACCGCCAGCACUCUGGUACCCUAUCCAAGCAUCACACUGCUCUGUCAGGUCCUUCUGAAUAAUUUUGUUGUUUGUGCUCAGAAAAAGCAGUAAUCAUAAGUUAGAACAAAAAACCACAGAGCAGCUUCAGGAUCAAUCUGAGUGACUUCUUUCAAUUUGAGAGAUUUGCCCCUUCAGUCUCCUCUUAAAGGGACAUUUGGCUAAACACUUUGAAGUCAUUUAAUGUAAGUCCAUGUACCAGGUGUAUUUAUGCAUCAACAUGUGAGCAAGUGUAUUUUGUGUGUAAAAAGACACAAAAGCACCAAAAACUGUCUUUGAAGUCAUUUAGAAACAGCCUUCAGAGUUUUGACGCUCAGUAUAUGAUGAAACUGAGAGUUAAAUGCCACAGGUUGAUCUGUAGACCAGCUCCAAAGGUUCAGCUGUGGAGACAGAAACAGCUGAGGGUCUGCUUAUUUCAGCUGUUUGUCUCUGUGGUAAGUGUAAUUCUUGCACAGUUGCGUGACUCUGGCUCUUUUUGAUACAUUCCUUCAACCUCAUGCACCCUAGAUCAAAAGUCUGAACUCAACCUGUGAGUGUGUGCAUAUAAGGAAUAGAGAAAAUAAAUAAACCCUCUACUGCGGUUAGUGUGACUGUGGGUGGAGGUAAAUAUUGAAGGUAACUAAAACAAUGUCUUUGAUCAAUAUCGCUACCUUUUUGACUAAACUAAUUGCACCACAUGCUGCACAGCUCUUUCUUACCUCUGUCCAGCAGCGCUAAAUACUUAGAUUGUCUACAGUGCUUCAGCCAGGCCAUCACUCAGGCCCAUGGUAAAAUCCAUCACAGGCAGUGCUCCCUCGCUUCCUCCUCGUAAUAACUGGACUCGUGCAGAAUCGUCCGUAAAGCUGACAAUGUUGAUGUGUUUGUGCACGUGUGUGAGUGUUUGAGGAAAGUAAAGUUUUGCUGCAGUGCAGAUGAGGUAAUGAGGUCACCCUGGAUCCAGUCUUAUUGAAGUCAGCCAUUCUCUUCAUUUACCUUGUCAUUUCAAUCUGAGUAUCCUCUCAAGGCUUCAUUGUGUUUUAAAAUGACUUCAAUCAAAGAAAAGGAAAUGAAAUGAUCUAUAAUGUUUUUUUUCCAUCUCAGAGAGAGCAGUCAUUUCAAACUAAAAAUAGGUUUAAUAUUUAGUACUGUCAUUACCAUGACCUCCCUGUCUCUCUUUGACAAACAGUUCUCCCUUCUUUUUCUCUCCAUGUUAUCCACAGCUAUGCUAAGAUCCACAUCCCCAUUAUAGCUUCAGUAUCUGAACACCAGCCCACCACCUGGGUGUCCUUCUUCUUUGACCUGCACAUCCUGGUCUGCACCUUCCCAGCAGGCCUCUGGUUCUGCAUCAAGAACAUCAAUGAUGAACGUGUCUUUGGUGAGAGCCACAAACACAUCACAAACACUUUUUCUUUCACAAGUGGAGCUCCAAACCAGAAAGGACAACAACUACAAACUGUGAUCCAGUAACAAAUGAUUGGUAAUCAGAGUCACAUUGGUAGAGAGUUGUUGGAAUUGUUGUUUUGAAAGUGCAGAAACAAACUUCGCUGUUUGUGAAGUGGCUCCAAUAGCAUAGACAAAGGCUGUAAUUUGGUCCCCAAAGAGCAGCCUUGGCUUGGUGUGACAGCGUCCCUGUCUUUGGCAACAUACUGCUUUAUAAGGGGAUUUUAUCAGCCUGAAAUACCCGGUGAGUUUGUUUGGAAGAGAGGGAAAUGUGUCUAAACUUUAAACAAGAAAAUCUGAUGAAACCCUUCAUAUAAACAAAAGUAUGCAUGUUCAAAAAAGCUGCAGCAGCUCAGCUCCUCCUGAGACCCUGUGUUUAUGAGAAAAAGGGUUCAGGAUAGCACCGAUUAUUUUAAUAAAGCUGUUUAUUCCAGUGUUUACUCUUUCCUUUUAUUGAUUCUCUUUGUUUUGGAGUGGGGGAAACCUCUGUGGAUAAUCAGGUCUCAAGCGUUACAUAUUGAAGUGUCACUUUCAGACUUCACGGCCUGUCAGGCUGUUGCUCCUGCAUCACUCUGUGUACAGUGAUGCAACCAAAAAACAAAGAUGCUGAUAUAUGACUGACAAAUCCAAAGUGACUCACUGAACUUAAGGAGGCAGAGAACAACUUUCACAUGAUUGCAUUCAUCCUGACAGUGUCCCCCCUUUUUAAGAGACUAGCUCUGAUUAAAAAACACAAAAGAGCAAAAGGAUUGAACUUUGUUGUCUUAGUGAGAAACACCGAUCCUCAAAAACAAUAGUGUGAUUAUGCAGGUACAGAUAUUAAUCACUAAUGUGCUGAUUUCUGGACAUUAUUAUUUCCAGCCGUUAUCUUGACAGCUCAUGCUUCAGAGGCAGAGUCAUAGACAAACCCAGAUGACGCUGAGGAACAGAUCAUGCUGAACCUGGUUAGAUAGUCAGACAGUUUGACUAUCUAAGAGCUAGAGCUGAGGUAUUAAGACCACUACCUUAGCCAAUGGAGUCUGUGUCUUUACCCGACGAUUAUUCAGAAUCUUUUAUAUGAUAUUUAAAAAAAAAACAUUUCUGUCAGUUUCAAAGUUUAAAGAAGACUUUUAACACACAUUUCCAGCUUUUUUUGUGUCAGUCUGUGUGAUAUCUAUGAAGGCUUUUGGAUGAUCUACAGCUUCAACAGCUCAUCAUUCAUCUCUCUUUUGAAUUUCCCAUCAGGGAUAAAUAAAGUUCUUCUUAUUCUUAUUCUUACUGGUGUCCAUAAAAACCCUUCAUUAACCUGAAGUGCUGUAUUUUGCUUCUUUUCCUGUGAAAUGGUACUGGACCGCGUUAAUGAACAGUUUCUUGAGUCUCUUGACCACUCAAAGCACUUGUUCAUCACGUUACAUUUCCCCAUUCUCACCACAUUGACAGGGAUAGAACCGCCGACCUUCUGGCCUCACCGCUAUGCCACAGAUGCCCCUUUGAUAUAAACUUAAACGCCGGUUGUGUGGGUGUGAAUUUCUCUGCCGCUUUGUUCUCACAAAAUGUUACUAAAGUUUUACCUCUACAGAAAACUUUUGAGGCUGGCCAUUAGCGCCCACUUAGCUCCUCACCUUAGUGUGUGGUAGCUAUUCUCUCUGUUGCAUACAGGGUUCUCGGAAGGACUUUAUAGAUGAAACAGCCUCCAGUUUGAGUGAGAGUUUAGAUGCAAACCCAGUUUGUAUUGGCCUCUGUUUACAAAGGGAUCAUCAGUGAAGAAGCAAGUUUAAACUGCUGCUGUUGAUUCUUGCUUUUCUGGAGCCUUUGUUUUUGGGACAGGAAUAGUAACAAUGAGUUUCCUUUACAACCAAAAGAUAACAUUCAGCGACAAAUUGAAUUUGUCGACAUUGACAUGUGUUGACAUUGCGACAUCUUUCAAAUGGACCCGCUUUUUUGGAUUUUACUUUGUAACUUUGUAUAAGUCUGAGCCUCUGUUCCAUGAUCUUGCAUGAAAUAUCCACUUGAAGGCUAGAUAAAAACACAGAAAAGACAAUACUUUUUGCUGUCAAUCCGUACAUACCACACAGGAAAGGUAAAAAAUGAUGAGACAAAUUAAAGAAGGUCUGACUUUCAUAAACGCCAAACAGCUUGGCACACAGCAGGUAAUAUAACAAGGAUGAAAGUAAAGCAGCCGACAGCUGGACAGCAGCAAGACAUCUCAAACCCCCAACUGAUGAGCACAUUUUAUCAAAGUGAAUGCUCUUUAACUAUGGUGUACAGAAGAUGAAUUCAGAGUCAGAAAAAGUCUAGUUUAUUCUCAUUGUUAUGCUGAGGGGGCAGCUUGCUUGGCUCAGAAACAGUCUGUUUAAAUGUCUGUCAGUGGGCUACUUUGGACUCUGAUUCUGUGAUUGUCUCUUGUUUGACUUUGAAUUAGUUGAAUCACUUCUUUGAAAGUAUCUGUGCUUCUCUUUGAGUUCUCUUUUUCCUCUUGAAUCCUCUUUACCUUUUCAUUUUUUGUUCACUCCCUUUUCCUGCUCCUCUUCACCUCUGUCAGAUUUAGGUUUGUGUCUCAUACCUGUUGCCUCUGCCUCACUUCACCCUGACUCUUUGAUCUCUGUUCAGCUGAAAAUACUCCAUUAAUGCAGCCACACAUGCACAGAGGAAAACAAACACACAUCCGAGUUAGUGUUGGAAUAAGUGAUGCUUCACACCCUCUGCUGCUGCUGCUGUGGUUUCCUGUUUUCACCUGAAAGUGAGAGCUUCUCCAGGCAGUGAGACGUUGCUUUAAUAUGACUUGACAGUGUUUACUAAGAGUAGUUUAAAUGAAUUCUGUUAUGUUGGUAUAUAUAAUUAACUCCCACUCAUCAAGCUGUAAUAGCUUCCUGAUCACCCCCCCUCUGUUUAUCUCUCUCUCUCUCUCUCUGUUUCUCUCCCCUCAGUGGCCUUGUAUGCCAUCAGCGCUGUGUACUUUGCCGGUGUAAUGGUGCGGUUGAUGCUGACUUUGACCCCGGUGGUGUGCAUGUUGUCGGCGGUGGCCUUCUCCAGUGUCUUUGAACACUACUUAGGAGACGACAUGAAGAGGCAGAGCCCACCUGCAGAGGACAGCAGCGAUGAGGAUGACAGGAAAAAUUCAGGAAACCUCUAUGACAAGGUGAGCAGUCGGAGUAAUGUCACACUUGAUACAUCAAUCAUGGUCUACCUUCAUUCUCUUUUAUGUCUAGACCACAUUUCAGCAGAAACAGGAUUUCAGAGUGCAUUACAGAAGACAUCCAGGCAUAAUGACAGAGGACAUUUCAAAACCAUUAAAGCAGACCAAUAAGAGAAGAUAAAAACAGUUAAACAGAUGUUCAACUGGUGUAGGGCAAUAUUAAUACAGGGCAAGUCUGUAGUCACACUAGUGUGCAACUCGAGUGUAACUCAAGUCCAAGUCUCUGGUGUUGAGACUUUUCAUGUGUCUGUUCCUGGAUCCUGGAGAGCAACCAACACUCCUGCUGAGUUUUUCUCUCAAGAUGUAAAUGUAAGAAUCUCUGUUGAAGUGAACUUUCCAGUUCUGCUUUGAGAGGAAGGAGAACACUCUGACCUUUAUUCUCUCAAGAAUUUGAAACACCAGUAAGGACCCAAAUCAACAUUAUUUAAACCCAGCAACAGAUUCCAUCAAAACAGAAAAGAAGAAAGUCAUGCUGUAAGACAGAAUCAAAUGUGAAAUGUUUAAAUAAAUAAAGGAAUGAUAAGUUGGUAGUACAUGUAGACCACCUCAGCAUUCAUUAUUGAUUAUUGAUUAUUGUAUUGAUACAGCAUUGAUAAUUCUGUAUUUUUGAGAUUGUCUUCUCCUUUAACAAUCGUCAUCAGAAGUACUUUAACACGAUCACUCAAAUAACACACCUCAGAUAUACAGAUGUACGCACACUUAACAGAAUAAAACACUUGAAUUCUUUACACCAGUACGAGAUCAAAUGGAUCUUGAAGUGAAAAACUGUAAAUGUGUUCUGAUAACUGUGAUGAAACCAAAAUGAGUGCCCUCAUUACUCACUCCUUUAUUCUUGGGGAAACCAAACAGCAGUGUUGACUCAUGUUUCUGCCAUCCUUUUGAUGCUCUUUUCCUAAAUCGAUACAGUGGGAAUAAUGUAUUACAAACCCAUCACAGGCCUCCUUAAAGGCCUCCAUAAAACAGCUACAGCAGUUAAUUGUCUGUCCAGUAUUCUCUCAGUGGAGGCAAUUAACUGUCUUCUAGUAUAUUAUCAGCUCAUUUUUACAGCACACUUGUCUUGUUAGGGCUUCUGUAACCUUUACAAAGUGUGUCCUGUGGCUGUGUCUUCUGUCCCCUGUAGGCUGGGAAGGUACGAAAACAUGUGUCAGAGCAAGAGAAGGCUGAGGAGGGUCUAGGCCCCAACAUCAAGUCCAUUGUCACCAUGCUGAUGCUGAUGCUGCUCAUGAUGUUUGCUGUGCACUGCACCUGGGUCACCAGCAACGCCUACUCCAGUCCCAGUGUGGUGCUGGCAUCGUAUAACCAUGACGGGUGAGAAUAACACACUAACCCUACAGUGUUUUACAUCCAUGUGUCGUUUUAGUGAUAGAAAAUGAUAAUGGUUUAGAAGCCCAAGAAUGAUGAGGGUUUCUGUGUGAGUGUCAAGUUAGAUGGAUUAUCCAUCAAAAAUAUAACCCAUAAAAUGUUAAGAAACUUUCAUGUGCCUCGCUUUGACACAUUACAGCAAGUACAUUUGUCCACAGUAGCUUUGCAAACAUUCGGAGAGCAUCAGGUGCAUCAAUUUUUAUCUUCAAGUCAUAUCAGUUCAAAAACUGGCCUUUGAGGUGUGACCUCUUUUGUUCAGAAAGACCUUCCUCAGCAGGUAUUUGAUGUGCCAGAGUGCCAUACUGGAUUCUGAUGUUUGGUUUGUUCCAUUGUUGUCAUGAAAAAGCCACAUGUGGAGCUGCUGUUGCGGUAAAGACAAACUCAGUCAGGAAAAAAAAAAUUCGGAGAAUUGAGAUUCUGAAGCAAAUUUUGUUUGAAUACUGCUGAAGAAUCAGAAAGACAUAGUGUGUAGGGGGAAGGGUCUAGAGUUCAGUUAGGCAAGCAGAUUAAAUAUUAAAGUAGCUGUGUUCCAAUGCUGCUUAUGAAAGCUAUAGAUCAUUAUCUGUGUUAUUAAGUGGGAUAAACCAGCCACACACUGUUACACUUACAGGUCUCUGUUAAAAGCACUAAUUAAUUAUAAAUAAGUCACUUACAAGGCCUAAUAAAACGUGUUUAUAAAAGCAUAAUUAGCACAUUAAUUAUUGCUUCGAAGACACGUCUGGGCUUAUUUAUUGAUCUUAAUAAGACAAAGUUCACAUGAUUUUAUGAAAACUUAUUCAUGGUAAUAUAUGUCUGUUAACAUUUUAUAAGGUGUUAUUGGUGGUGUAUAAACGGUGAGUCAUUGCUUGAGAUGAGGAUCUUGAUAGAAAGUGUCACUCAGUACUAAACUAAUUGUUCAGACUUUCCCUGCAGUCGCUCAAAAAAGUGGUUAAAAUAUCAGAACUGUUCAGCCAAUCCCAGAUUAGUCUGAAAAUACUCAUCUGUCUGUUUUUCCCUUCACCAGCUCUCGUAACAUCCUGGAUGACUUUAGGGAGGCAUACUAUUGGCUGAGGCAGAACACAGAUGAGCACGCCAGGGUGAUGUCAUGGUGGGACUACGGCUACCAGAUAGCAGGCAUGGCCAACCGAACGACGCUAGUGGACAACAACACGUGGAACAACAGUCACAUAGCUCUGGUGAGUGCUGCUGUUUCUGUACCUGUCUCUGUGUGUCAUGGAAACUAUCAUUGGGAGCCUUUGAAAGAAACACCCUGGAGUCAAACACAUGGUGAACCACAACUUUGAUCACAUCUGUACUCUCCUCACUCACUCUUCUGUUUGAAGAAGCUGAACUUUUAGAGCUUCAGCCCGAUUGUUACGCUCUGUCUUAAGAUUAUAUGAGCUUUAAGGUUCUCCAAAUGUUCGAAGAUUGCAAGACAAGGAAAAUAUCUGAACAAGCAGACCUGACAAAGCAUCAUUUCCAACUCUGUAAAAUUGAGCAUUUCAGCCUUUCUGCCUUUUUGUUGCCAUUAAAUCACAGCAAAAUCAUUACCAUGGGUCCCACCGCUGUGUUAAGCCAGAUCAUAGCUGACAUGUGACGUGUUUAAUACAAAGACAUGUCAUCUUACUGUGGAGAUACAGACAAUACAGCUCAAGACUGUAAACCACUAUGAAAUAUCCUGGUGCACAGCUGGGCCAAGUCUCACAGGUGCUUGUCAAUAUACCAAGUGAAAUGCUCUCAGGGUGUCAAAGUUGGCACAGGUCAGCCUAGAACAGGAGAAAGUGGCACUAAAGCUGAGCCAAACACAUUACCUGGAAAAGGUGAUAAAACUAACCAUGCUGUGUGAACCUCCAGGUGAUGUGAUGAGCAGUGACUUUAGGGCACUUAGCUUCCCUCAUUUAUUUAAAAUAAAUACAAGCAUCUGAAAAGUCCAAGUUUUUGCUUUCGGUUUAAACACAUCUUGUCCUGUUUUCUGUAUCUGCAGACUGACUGUUGAGCUGCUUUCAGGGCUUUCUUUUACAUUUGUUUGACUUCUUACAGGUUUUCUGCCAAAAACAGCUGCCUGUUGUGCACCCACACACUAAAAUUCUUCACAAAAGAGGCUGAAACUCACUGUGACGCUUCAUAAAGCAGAAAGGAACUAUGCUUGUGAUCUGAUCACCCUGGAGGCAUGUUGACACCAGGUGUAAACAGCCCCAGACAACCGUACUCCUCUAAAAACGACUCUGUUUUCAUAUUUUCAUUCCAUUUUCAACAUUCGAAAAGUGAUAAGACAUCAAAGGAAAGCUAAAUAUCCCUGUGAAAACCAGUGACUGUAAGGUAUUAGCCUGUUUGUUUAUUAGAACAUAUCCCUAUUCCUCCGCCUUCAUUUCCCAGCAUCACAUAUUUCCAACAGAUCGUUUCCUUUUUAUCCUCCUUCAGCAACUCUGUGCUGUUUUGUAGUCUUGACAUCUAGCACCCCCUGGUGGACAUAUUGUAUCACUAUUCUGCAUUGCCAUGUCAAAUUUUCACAACUGUGAAGAGACAUUUCUCUGAACUCAGUUUUUAGGCUACACUCACAAAACCUCAGAUUCCUCUGGCAAAACCAGACUGUCACUUGAUCAGUGUUCAGAAACCAAUAACAUCAUUCCCAGAGUUAAAUCGAGUUCGAUCAGGCAACCAUAAAGGGGAUUCAGUUAUAUCACAGGACAAAUCAUUUUGCAGAGGAAGGAAGAUGACAAAAAAAUAAAUAAAAAAAACUCCUGCACAAGAUGUACUGUAUUCCUCUACAGCAUUGUAGCACUUCAUCAGGACGAAUCACCAUCAGAGUUAGCUGUGUGUGAACUACUACUGUAGCUAUGAUGGAGCAGAGGACUCUGUGUGUCAGAUUACACACACACGUAGGGCCUGAUUUACUGAGAUUUCACAUGACUAGUUCUAAAUUGCAUGUUCAUCCAAACCAAUGUUUAGUCGAUGUGUGGGGGUCUGCAGGGCCACAAUUUGAUGCACAGAUUAAAAACAGUCUGCAGCUCUUAAAGACGGAUCAUUAUAUUUUUUGCACAGGAGACAGUUUUUUAGCUAUUUCCUCUGUGGCAUGGAGGUAUCCGGGCCACUUUAACACACACCAGUCAGCUGGUCAGAAAAAUGACCACAAAUGUGCGGCAAGAGGCAUGAACGGUGUAUGAGCAGUGGUGAGGUUAAUCUGUCCAAGCGGCCCCAAAACUGUAACACUGGCGAACAGAGGAAAGAUGGAAGACAUACAUAUCAAUUUAUGAAUGUGCCCUAGCCACCAGGAACAGUAUGUAUUUGAAAUCUUGAUGCUCGUCUCCAGUAAAGAUUAUUUCAUGGAGAAUUUAAAACAAACCAUAAAACAGCUCAUUAGAAAUGACAGAACGACAGAAACAUUUUGUCUCCUCCUCGUUGCGCUUAUCUGUGCUCAACGCUGGACUCCUGGAUUUGCUCCUUCUUUUCACAGGUGUUUUAUUUUGACAUGGUCCCACCAAAGGGAACUAUUUCCAGUCUCAGUAACCCUCAAAACUUCUUUGCAUUUACCCCCUUCGGUAUUUUGCAUGUUUGAGUAGUAAAGCCUCACAUUGUAUAUUCAUUCAGGAAAACAUAGGAAAUGUGAUCAGUUCAACAAAUGGAUGAAGUCUAAAGAAUGGGAUUUAAUGUUUUAGCAACAGUGAGCCUUUUUUUGUUUAACCACUGUGUGUGUGAAGCCUCAAUGUACAGCACCCCCUAGUGGACAUGAUACUGCUGCACCAGUGGCUGAAAGUGGGACUGUAGUGAGAGUGGACUCUGCGUGCGCCUCACACAGUUUGUGCCUGAGACACGACUUACAAUCUCUUAUUGAUUGAAGACCGGAGUUCAUCUCACAGAACUAGAGGGCAAGAACCAGGAAUGUCUGAGUGGCUUCUUGUUUUGGGGAACCUUUACUUUCUCUGAGGCAAUGUACUAAAUCUUCAUCCUGAUGUCCCAGAGACUCCAAGGUCACUGCUCAUCCGUUUUCUCAGGCCAGAGUGACACCCAACUGAUCUGUACAGUGAAAAAUCAAUCAAGUGCCCCUCUAAUGUCCUUGAAGAAUUGUUAAACCGCCACAUGUGUCCUUGUAAUCCUCCAGGUGGGAAAAGCCAUGUCCUCCAAUGAGAGUGCAGCCUAUGAGAUCAUGAGGUCGCUGGAUGUCGACUACGUCCUGAUCAUAUUUGGAGGCGUGAUCGGCUACUCAGGCGACGACAUCAACAAGUUUCUGUGGAUGGUGCGCAUCGCAGAGGGAGAGCAUCCCAGGGACAUCAGGGUGAGAGAGACUUCGCACUAACUAUGUUCCAGCUGCUUUGAUGGGUGACACCAGUGGAAAAGUGGAAUGAACAUGAAUGUUUGAUACCCACUCUGAGGGAAAUUAUUGAUCAGAUGCCGUGCAUGCCUGAAGAUGUUUCCCUUCAGAGUAAAUUUAAUAGCAGAUCACAGUGUGUGCAAAUUCAAGAAUGUCCCCCCGCUUCUGUCUCCAUCGCAGGAAAGCGACUACUUCACCCCACAGGGAGAGUUCAGAGUGGACAAAGCUGGCUCCCCCACCCUCCUCAACUGCCUUAUGUACAAAAUGUCCUACUACCGCUUUGGAGAAAUGCAGGUAAGCCACUAUUAGUCAUGAUUCAACGGUUUAGACAAGCUAAAGAAAUUCGACUGUCCUGAAAAGUUCAUUUUUCUCCCAUUCAAAAAGACAAACUUCCACCUACUCUAGAUCCCUGAUUCUUGAUGGUUACGGCUCACAGUUCAUCUCAAAACAUCAGAAUAUUUAAAAUACCAGAAAAAGGAUUCAUUUACAGACAUGUGAACCUUCUGGAAAAUUCUCUUCAUUUCUGCUCUUAGUUCUUGGUCAGGGCUCCUUCUGAAUUCCUGCAUCAAUCUUACAUGUCAUGGAGUCACUCUGUGUCUCUACUGGGCUGUUAUUGAAGUCCAGGUCUCUGAUAGCUUCUACAGCUUGUCUGGUGUCUCUCAUCUUAUCUUGAUGACCCUCCAGAGAUCCUCUAUGGGGUUUGGGUCAGACCAGCUGGCUGACAAUCAAGCACAGUAACACCACAGUCAGUAGACCAGUUUCUGGUAGUUUUGGUGCUGGAAAAGGAAAUCUGUAUCUUCGUAGAGAUUCUCAAUAGAUGGAAACAUGAAGGUCUCUAAGACCUCCUGGUAGACUUUGGGCUGCUUUGACUCUGGACUUAAAAAACCCAAUAGACAAGCAGCAGCAGAUGACAUGUUCCCCCAAACCAUCACAGACUGGUAAUUUAACGCUAGACUUCAAGCACCUUGGAUAUCUGGGCCUAUGUGAUCUUCCUCCAGACUCUGUGACCUUGAUCUCCAAAUGAGAUGUUAGACUGACUUUCAUCUUAAAACAGGACUUUGGACCGCACAGCAACAGUCCACUUCUUUGUCUUCUUAGCCCAGGUGAGACUCUGGUGAUGUCGUCUCUGGUUCAGGAGGGUCUUGACAGCAGGACCACCUGUAGUCGAUUUCCUGGACUCGUCUGUGUGUAGUGGCUCUUGAUGCUCUGACUCCAGCCUCACAGUUUUCUGUUGUUAACAAAGAUCAUUCAGAUUCAAACAGAAAAGUCCUGAAAUAUGUCACUUGGUGUGAUAAAUCCAGAAUAUGGAGGUUUUUCUUUUUGAAUCAUUGUGGACUCUCGUCAGUCUGGGAAAAAAUGAACUCUUUCCAGGACAGUCUCAUUUUUGAAACUGCAUCUGUACUCAAGCUCACAAACUUUGAGAUUUUCAACUCGUGUUCAACAAAAUGGCAAAGUCGGACAUAAAUUUCUUCACCUCUUUUUACUUUUGCAAAGUUGGACUUCCGGACGCCGCCAGGCUUCGACCGAACACGCAACGCUGAGAUCGGCAACAAGGACAUAAAGCUGAAGCACCUGGAGGAAGCCUUCACCUCAGAGCACUGGCUGGUCAGGAUUUAUAAGGUGAAGAAGCUGGAGAACAGGGACCGAGUGGAGCACAAGAUGAGAGGCACUGACUCCACUAAGCAAAAGUACACCUCCAAAAAGGUAAGCUGAGAGCCUCUGCAAACACAUAAGUGUGACACAUGAUAUAAACUCCUCUUUUGACAGCGUGAGUUAUCUCAAAGUCGAUGCAAAGAUGAUAAAAAGUUUUCCAUGAAUUAGACUUGGUUUGUUUAGUUCGUGUACAGGCAGGAAUCUGACAACACUUAGCAAAAGAGUUGAAAAUCAGUUUAGAUGACGGAUGAUUCCAAUUAGGAGAAUGAAAAAUGACCUUUUGUAUACAGCAGAUGGCACUGUCUGUAUUAGACCUUAACAUCUGUAGCUGAACAGAGAGGGUCAGACAUGAUAUCAGCAGAUAAUGAGUUUAAACUUGUUGGUAAUUACCUGGUUUGUUUCACUUGUAUAUUUCUGAGCAUGUUUGCAUCUUUAUUUCUUGCUUGUGUGUGAUUGCCACUCACUGUUGAUGCACUAGUGGACAGUCUCUGUAUUCCCCUCAUAGGUGUUGAGUGUAUCCACAUCUGUUCUGCAGAGCUUUUGAACGCAUUGAAAAUGUUUCUUAGAACACAAUGAGGAACAAAGUAAUCUUAGUGUAAGGAUCAGUGUCCACAAGGUCUCACAGUGGGCGUUACAGCAGCAGGACUUUAUUUUCAUUCUGUCUGUCUUCAAUCAUUUCCCUGCAGACUGCCAAGAGGAAGCGUGGAUACAUCAAGAACAAGCUUUCCCUCAAAAAGGGCAAGAAACUGACCAAGAAGUCUUUAUAGAGUGUCCAGCACCAAAAGAGGCACAUUGUGGACGGGAGGGAGGGAAAAAAAAUCAAAAAACUUUCAACAAAAACAAGCAGCAACAGCAAAUCCACCAAUCAAGAAGAAGAAGGAACACCUGAGUUCUCCAGCCCUGUCACCCUGCCAGCCUCACCUGGAGGUCCAGGCUUGAAAUGUUUCCAUCACCCAGGAGAACCUCUUCUGACCUUUAACCUGAUAAGCAAGGUCAGGGAGAAGUUGGCACGUUGUGUGAGAUCCUCCCACACUGGUUUUAUUCUGAGGAGCUGUGACCUUUGACCCACUUUUCUUUUUGUACUUGAAUGUGAUAGAAGACAGAGAGAGCGAGAGAGAUUAGCUGUCCUUCAUCCAGGGGCUGAGUUUGGGACUGUUAAUGCAGUGCAUUGUUCAGAUAGAGAUAUCAGGAGUUGGGGGCUUCAAAAAUAACACAGACCUGUCCUACCUUGUUCCUGAUUCAGUGCUGACACGCUGAAGUUGCUCCAAUAUAAGCAAAGAGCAGUGUCAGGGUGAACGAAACAGUGGUUUCCCCUCGUGGAGUCUGUUUAGUCCUUGAUAAGUAAUAAAUGUAACAGAAAAGCACUGAAACGUUUUUUCUGCUUCUUAAAUCCCUGGAGCUUAGAUUGAAAAUUUGAAUGUCUAAAGCUGUCCGGUCUGAUUUGUUUCAUUUCUUUUGAAUUCACCGGUAACAGGAGUGUUCAGACGUACCAACAAGGAGAAGUUCUGUCUUUCAGAAAUCCUCUCUCUGCUUCUCUGACAGGACAGAUCCAUAUACAGUCAAACUGCACAGGCUGCCCUGAGGAUCAUUCACGGCCAUAAACUUGGAGAUUUGUCUGUGUUUUCUGUGAAAUGAUUGCACUCACCAAGUCAGAUACAUGUGAAAUUAAAGAAGAAUGAGCAUUUGGAUAAAGGAAACCAAAAACACAACUGCAAAAACUGCACGAAAACCGAAACCAUCAAAUUUAAACUUCCGUCCUUCCGUUUUCAUUGGUAUAACACGAUAACUGUGAUUAUUCCCCGGUCCUGAACAGGCUAGUUUGGAAAGAUUAGUGUCAUAUCUCUGAGGAAACUCUGCAGAGACAAAUAAGUGUCUGUGGGACUGAACUUCCAUAGACACUUAUUUUCACUUCACCUUUAAAAACAAGUGCAAAUCCACAGAAACCAAAGGCUAUUAGCAAGGGCACUGCAUUUAUCAUUUUUAGACAGAGGUGCUGCCAAAAUGAACAAAGCAGAGCUCUUCAGGAGCGCUGCUAUUAAUGACAAAAAAGAAAAAAAAAAAAACAAGUUAUAACCAGCUGGAAUGAUCCUUGAAGCUGUUUGUGUUGUUUUUACCUGUUAUUAAUUUAUUAUUGAACAGCACUGAACUCACAAUAGAGCAGGCCUAUGGGGGGACAUCUGUUAUAGCGCAGUGUUUUCCACAUAUCUCUGCAGGUCUACACUCAUCACUUAAUGAUUAUUAAUGGGUGAACAUGUUGCUCACGCAGCCCUGCAGCACAUCACACAUCAGUAACACCAGUAACACUACAGAAAACAGGAUGUGGAUUCCUGUUUGUCUGAGCUUCAGGGUAAAAAACUGUAGGCAGAGACAUGAAGCAGUGACUGUGGGUCUGUGUGUAACUUUUUGAUGAUCACUCUGCAGGCUGAAAUCAUGGGAGAAUAAUUACGAAUCACUUGGGAGUCACUACUACUUGAGAUUAAAAGGGCCUGUGUUGGUGGUUUUGUUGCUCAGAGCCUGCAGGUUUUUCUUUCAGCGUGAUCAUUAAAGAGUCAUUUAAGGAGGGCCGUUCGCCCUGGUCAAACACUUUCAGCUCUAUUAUUCAAAGCACUAUAUCAGAGGGAACAUGUCAAUCUGAAGCAUCACUGAGUAAGGAGUGAUGCUGAUUCCCUAUGGUCUGCUGUCAAAUGUUCCUCUGCAGUGUUUAGAUAAGAGACUGUUCCUCCUGUACAGGUACAAAAGCAGCACCCACUCCCUGGUGGAUUCGGGAGGACUUGCAGAAGUCCUCUGAGCUGUGUGUUUUCCCAUAAGAGGGGUGUUUUCAGAGGUUUCCAGUGUUGCACUGUGGUGCGUCUGUCUGAUUUCUCUUUUUUUAAAUCUACAUUUUUAUCAAGGAGCCGGUGAUUAACAGGAGGGUACUUCUCAAAGUAGUGUGAUUCAGGAUCUAAUUUGCUCCCUCUGGAAACCACAUUUCUCCCUUCAAUUGAAUCUGCUUUAUUUUUCACUCUUGAAGAUCUUUAAACACAUUCGUCCUACAUGAGAAGUUCUGUUGUAAUGUUUUAUCUGAAGAACACCAACUUUAGCAGAUCCAGGCCUUAACAAAAACCUGACACUUGUUAUAUACAUUUUCCAGAGUUUGACAGUCUGUGAGUGUAUUUAUUACAUGGACGAUGGAGGCUGGGGUGACGUGUGCAACCAUGGCGUCCUAUCACAAAUGCAAGGAUUUUAUUUGGUUUUGAUUUUCUAAGUCAAGGUUUCUUCCAUCAAUUGUAAUGAUCUGGAUGCAGGUGUGAGAAUGAAACAUGCCUUUUUGAAUAAAGAGGUUGAAAUAAUCCAAUGCAUUUAUUCAUU